ACAAGAGCUCAUCCUCCACCCCCCCUGCGGUGCUCGGUGGAGAGGAGUGUUCAUGCUCGGUGCUGGUCUGGAGAGAGUCCUGCUAACUGAGGUGAUCUGGCACACCGAGGAGACGCAGUCAAUGAGGGAGCAAAACUGAGAGGUGACCCGGUGUGUUCACGAACCAAAAACACCCUCAGGAGUCGAGGGUGAAAAAAAAAAGGGAAAAGACGACGCUAAUCCACUCCCUGCCCCCUGACAAGGAAUCCACACUGCAAAGAUGGGGAACCGGGGGAUGGAGGAUCUGAUUCCUCUGGUGAACCGCAUGCAGGAUGCCUUCUCCGCCAUCGGGCAAAACGCAAACCUGGACCUGCCGCAGAUCGCCGUGGUGGGCGGCCAGAGCGCGGGGAAAAGCUCGGUGCUGGAGAACUUCGUCGGGAAGUAAGUAGCUUUUCCUAGCUUCUGUUAUGCAUCCCGUUGCGGGGCCCAGUGCAUCAGUCUGUCAUGUUACACUUUACACACAUCCUUAUCCCAUCCCCCUUCUUUUAAGGCAUGUUUAAACCCUUUCACAGGCUUCUCGGAGACAUGUCCAGUGAUUUAUCCCUCUGUCUUCUUCCAUAGACACGACACCAGGGCGAGGAGAUUAUUUUGUUAGGCCUGUAUAAAUCCCCAGUGAAGUUUAUCUGUUGACUGCUGCGUGAUGCAUUCAAGGAACCACUCUCUUCCACAGAAAUAACAACCAUGUAUAGAGCAAUGUAUAUAGAAAGUCCCCAAACAACAGGAAUUUUGGUGCAAAAUUACACAAAAUCGUAGGUGUUCAUGUUUGUUAUUCCUCAGAUUUAUCUCAUAGGUGAAGGGGUCAGCUCAGGUGUUCAUGUCAUGUACAUCAGCUGCAGUAACAGGCAGGUUGUAGGUUGUUGUCACUGUGGAAGUGCUUUCCAUUUAAGAGGCCUAAGGCUGUUUAAUCCUGACCAGGCUGUGGUGCAAAAUAAUGCCAUGCUUUACAAGUGUUGAGAGGUUACAGUCCUGCAAACAUGCACAUUUUCUGUCUGUCAGAGAGCUGAUGACAGUACAAAACAAAAUGAGGGGAACAAAUCUGAUCUGCUUGCUGCAGUAUGACCUUGCAGAGAGGGAAAGAGAGAGAGAGAGAGAGAGAGAGAGAGAGAGAGAGAGAGAGAGAGAGAGAGAGAGAGAGAGAGAGAGAGAGUCCACCUGAGCUUUGAGCCCAUCCAGCUCAGCUCAUCCAUCUGUCUGCCAGUGCUUAUGCUGUAAGGGAAGCUUACUGCAUGCAGACAACAGCAACACAAGUGGCGUUUGCGAACUUCUUUGCUUUGUAUUUCACUUGUUCUAAAGAAUUUUGUGCUCCAUAGACUAAUUCCUUGUGAUUCUGGGUGCACAGAGAGUGUGAUUCAGCACUAUUUUAUGCUUAAGCAAGGUCAGGUUGUGUGCGUACUGUGGCCACCGGCCAGCUCAUCCCCCGACAUUAAACAAAGCUUGGAUACUCCACCACAAAAUACUAUACAUCCCAAAGGACAGGCAGGGAUCCAUCUGUGCAGGAACUGAUAAUUGAUUGAUUGUAAUUGAGCCAUCACUCUCUGGUAGAUCUGAUUAAGUGUGAACACAUUUUCCAUUCUGAGCUCUUUCUCUCUGGUCUCUUUCAUUUGUCUGGCAAGGCGAGUUUAUUGAAAAAAAAUAUAAGAUCAAGCAGAAAAAAGACAUACGACAUUAAACAUAAAUCAGACAUUGAAACACAACUGUAUUAAAGCUCCUGUAAGAAGUUCUCAGCUGGGUAAGAAACAGACUGAAAUUUCCAGUGAUGCCUUUUUAUGAGGCAAACAAGACCAUCAGAGACAUGGUUGGAAAUUUCCAUAUAUUAAUAUUUUAGGUUUGUAACUUUUAUAAGGGGAUAGGUGUCUGCAUUAAUUUUUUUUUCGAUAGAAAGUUUCACAGUGAGUAACACUUUUUGUCAAGAAAUACAACUUUUAAUACAAGUCAGCUGUUGCAAUGUCAUAAGAUAUACAAGAAAAGUUCUGAAUGAUGUAGCCAUGAAGUGGACUCAUUAUGGUACUUUAAUUUAGCAUAACAACAAUUACCAUCCCGAAUAAUCUAAUAACUCUUCUCUGCCAAAACUGAUGCCAGAGUUGGUGCUUACAGGAAUCACAUUGUAACUUGGCCGUUUCUUAUUGGUGGCUCGGGUUUGUUAUGCUUGUUCUGGCCAAUGUAACCUUAUGAUUCUGUCUACUUUCCAGCAGAUAUAAGAAUUUUUAAGAUCUCAUUUUUGUAAACACGUGCCACAUUUCACCUCCCACUUCUACUCCCACUCUCUUGUCACUUAUGGCUCUUUUUAAAAGGCCUUUCUUCUUAUAUUAAGUUUUUUUUUUUGUUGGUAAUUAUUGCUGUUUAAACAGUCUCCUAACAUUGAAUAGUGGGGCUGGUUCUUCUGCGCUUACUCAGUUGUUGCCAUAGAAACAGCUUGUGUCUAAUUAUUCCUCCUUACCCCGAGAGACCUGUGGGUUAAGCCCAUCAUGACAAGAGACAGAUGAGGGAGAGAAAUGGAUUUUCUUACAAGGAAUUAAACAUAUUUUUAGGGUAAUAAAGAUGUCGAGUGAUUAGUUUGUCUGUGUCAGUCAAAGCUGGAGUCUCCACCCUCUCAUUACACCGAGCAGACUGCUAAGUGACACACUGUCAAGCAUCAGUUGUGUAUGUUAAUGUGUGCAGCUGCAGUGACGUCGCUCAGGUCCUCCCCUGAAGUGUGUCCAUUGUGUUACCGCUUUGUUGCGUGCGUUAUCUCCGAGCUACAACACGCACUUACAACACUUAUGCAUUGUGUGUUUCAUGUGACAACACUCCUUUUCAGCAUCUCUAUCACAGACCCCCGACUCCUCAUAUUCAAAAACCCACAUAGAUGCCGCUCAGAAACCAGUUUAAUGGGAUGUUCCUCUCAGAAGAGUAAUCUCUCCGGCUGUUAUUAAGCCGCUUGCUUUUCAAUGCUUUUUACUUUUAAUAGAAACUGCCAGCAAUGCUGCAAAAUUUGGCAGUAAUGUGGGAGUGAUUAUUUCCCUCACACAGCUCCAGGUCUGGCUUUCUUCCCCCUCUCCAUUUGCUGCUUACAGUAAACACCAACGAUCAAUAUCAGAUUAUUUGAGAGUUAUAAAUCCUUAUGGAAGUACAGUUCCUGUUAAAGUUUGUUCUUACCUUAUGAUCAAACCAAAUGAAUCAGCAUUUGUUAAGGUGCUUUAAGGUCAAUAUAAUCACUGUUGGGAAGAACAUAUCAUGUAUUCACCCUGAUGCCGCACUUAUUUUUUAUCUACAGGAAAUGUAGAGGAGAGGAAAUAUUUGGAAAUAUUAAACAAACACAUUAAUAGAAGCGGAGUAAUGAGCAUUAUAGAGGUUUAAUUGAUACUAAAAACAAUAAAUAAUGUUUUCAAAUAUUACUUUUCACUGAAACUUCGUUGAUACCUACAGGGACAUUCAACCUUAUGAUGGGAUUGGUUGUCAUAGCAUGACCAGCUGUCUUUAAAGAAUAAUAACAUACACUAUUUCACAAGAAGUAGAAGUGAGAAAUAUUUUAGUACAAGACCUCAAGCCUUAAAGGGAUAUUCCGGCGUAAAAUUAAUUUAGGGUCAAACACACCAUAACACCAAGUUAGACACUCCCUUGAGAGAUGGAUGUUGUCGACCGCUUACUUCUCUAGUUAAACCAACUUUAUUAACGACCGCACGAUAGCAAUACACAGCGGUCUGAGGAGACAUAAACAAACCUCAACCAAAAAGCCACUCUAUAGCCACAAAUAAUGCUCAGAACAGCACCUAACUUCAUCAACAGUACAUAUAGGGUCCCAGCCACAGCACUAGCCACCAAACAUCUUUUUAGCCUUGCCUAAUUUCUUUAGCAAAGAGACUAAACACAACUCACCCACUCUCUUCCAGCAGCCGCUUGUUUGUAGCGAGACCUCAGGCCAGUCCAUUACGGACUGCUGCGGGGUGACGCAGCUCAAGGAAGAACAUUUACGAUCAUUUCUUCAUGAAAAUGCAAUCAGACCGAGACACUAAGGCAGAAGAACUACCGUGUCUGCAGUACAAAAUGGUUAAUAUGAUUAUUACUUAAAGGAAAUGAUAAAGAAAUGAUCACUAACUGGCUCAUUGCUUAAAGAAAGCACUGAGAAAACAGUAAAAAUUCAGCAUAAUUUAUUUAAUUUACUGAGUAAUUAAAAGUAAUAGCUGUCAAACAGUUUUGCCGAGUAUAGAUUCAGUUUUUAACACUGAAAACAGCAUUCAGCCAGCAGAAAUACAGAUCAAAAUCAAUGUUUCAAAACACUUUUUGUCUUUAAAUGAUUUUCAAUACCAUGUCAUAUCAGUGUCAAAAUUAUUUUCUCAUGUUAGUUAAAUUCUCGUCCAUUUUCAUACAAAAGCCAUGGAUACUGUUCCCUAUGGACUGUAUAUUUGUUCAGAUUCACAUUAUACGACACAUUUUAAAUCAUUUCUCAUAGCAGAAUGAACAAUGUGCAUGCUCAGUCACCUAUAGACUGUGCAUCUGCAGCAUCUGCAACUAUGAAGGCGGGCCCUGAAGGCUUACAAAGGGGGUGGUUAUAUAACAAUAACAAUAACAUAUACUGUAGUUACUCAUCCAGGUGACUGAUAGCAAUAAUUGUUAGACUCAUUUGGCACCUGUUUGAGUCCAGGUCAUGCACAUCGAUUUUUUUCAGUGGUGGCAUUGAGACCAUGCUUACUUUGAUAAGGAUUUUAUUUGCUAUAUGUGAAAGACUUAAUGAUAUGUGCAUGAAUGUGUGAUUAUUUUUGUGAUUUCUGCAGGUGAAAUAUAUCAUCUAACCAGCAUUUCAGGCAUACAAUAUUUAAAGUUUAGAUAACUUUUUGAAGAAAGUAGUAAUUCUAGUCAUAAAGAGCAAGGGUGAUGACAUUUAGUUGACUGAAUGUGCACCUCUAUAGAGCAGCUCCUGAUAGUUUAUCAUGACUCUGUUCCUCUCAGGUGAAUUACAUUUUGAUACCUUGCAGGCGGGACAAGGACAAUAAACCUCCCGAGAUAUGCGGUGCUAAUAGCAUGAGGGAACAUCUGAAGACACUAAUCAAAUCGAUCCGUUCCACUUUAUCGUCUGUCCUUCAGGGUUUUUCAUCCUGAUUUCAUAACUUGCCCUCACAGGGAGUCUAAUGUUGUCUCCGCUCAGCCUGCUCAUUCCAGGCUCCUCUGUCUAACGCGCCUCUUAGAAACCUCAAAGGGGCUUUGUUACUGUGAAAUAUGAAAGUUCUCGACUUUCAAACAAAGACAGGAAAGUUGAAUUAUGAUGAGAGGGAUUCACCUGCUGUGAUGAUAGAAAAGAAACAUCAAUCAAGAUCUUUUGUGAUCAUUUGGGAACUACUCUUUUCCUGUUUUCUUCUUUAACGAAUACCAGAUUUGUUUCCCAAAAUAUGGUAUUUAAACCUCCUUAAGUCCACAAUUAUCAAUUACUAUUAUUCUUUUUAAAAAUCCCAUAUAAUGGUAUGGCAAAAACCAUCACAAAUGCAUCUGCAGCUUCUCAGUUUAUAACGUCAUCACCAAUGCAGAGACCUGAGUGGGUGGGGAUGUCAUGACAGUUUGGCGUUGCUCUGAUUGGCUGCCUGAAUGUUGUUUUAAUGGGGGAGGUGCUGACAGAUGCCGGGGGAUUUAUGAAGUCAUGUUUUACCAGGUGGGUUACAGAAACAAUGCAGAGGCUAUUUUGUUCCCUCAGUCUCAAGGUUGCUCAGCUGGAGGAUGAAUAAAAUAUACCAGUUUAUACUGUACAGAAAUGGAUAUGUGUUUUUUAUUCCAUGAAUGACAAUGAAAUGAUUAAUCAGUGUUAGUGAGAGCAUUAUUAUUAUUUUGGUGAUUUUAGUUUUUUCUUUCAUUAUCACACCACUGGUUUGCUUGUGAUCCUACAAUGAGUAAGACAUUUUCCCAGUCUGAAUCAGAGCGCAACCCCCCGUUUCCCAUCUGCAUCUGUCAGCUGGUGUCUAAUUUACUCUCCCAUGAGUCCAAUUAUCAGAAACGAAGCAGGAGACUUCACUUCACUUCACUCCACUGCCUCAUACAACCUGCUCAGGUGCAGAGGGGCGGCCAUGUCACAUGUUAGGAAAGGUUUUUUUAAGUCACUGUUGAAAGAACAUGAGUAAGUCAAAUCAAGCUCUUGUGGAGUUAAGAAAGGGAGUGUGUCGCUUUAAAUGUCAAUAUAAUGAAGAUUUCUUAUGGAACUAUUUCUAUUUUUCUUGAGUUGAGAGGAGUUUACACUUGUAUUUAGAAGCAAAAAUGAGACGUAUGAUAUUGCACAGCCUUUCUCUGUUUGUCACUACAGUAUUUAAAAUAUUGCUGAUAUUUUCAUUUUACUUUGAAGGUCAUGUGGAGCCAUCAGUAUAAGAUUAAGACCUUUUCAAAAUCAGUUCAAAACUCCUCUCAAUGUCUGAACUGCAUAGUUUUUACACAGCUCUCUUUCAGCACCACAGACAGCUCCUUUAAAACAGCAGAUCCCAAAAUAGCGUCGCAGCUGCUUCUCUUAACAGAACACAAAAACUUCAUAAAACACAGAUGAUCACUUUCCUUUCGGAAUUUCUGUCAUGAAAAAUAUUCACAGUGUUGUGAUCUGUGAACCUUGAUCUACAGUUCACUGUUACCAUGACGAAAUACAGGAUUAGACCACGGGGAUUUAUGAAUUUCAGUUGGCAGUCUGCCUCAGUGUUGCUUCAAACACAAAGUAAUUAAUUUUUGUCUUUAGUUUGUAGGAUUUGAGGUUGGCUUUUCUCGCUUGUACUGAUAUGCAACAAGAAAAAAAUUCAAAAACAAACUUGAUGACAUUUUUCAGCGCUCAAUCAGAAGUAGAUGCUGCUGGUUGUUUGUCAAAUCCAGGAACUACAACACCAACAUUUCCUCUGCCUGCUGUUGUCUCCAUUUCCACCCCCCACUCUGAGAUUAAGUCAGUGAUACACUGUAUAGCUUCUUUCAUGUAUUACAUAAUGCAGACGAGGCUAGAGGCAUUAUGACGGGAAGCAGCAGCUUCACUCAUGUGAGAGAUGAGAACGGUAAAGUGCAGCAUUAAAACCUUUAUCCCUGAAAUGAAAAAGAGAUGCAGGAGGAGGAAGGAGUGCGAAAGAAAAGAUGCUGCAUUACAAUAAACCACUUAAAAUACAAAUUAAAUUCUGUAACAAAUGCUGUGAUCCUGGAUUUUCAAAAUGUCCUGUAAAAAUCAAUUAGGUAGCCUAAAAGAUAACAAAAAGUCUAACCUAAUAGGUCUAAGUAAUUUGGUUGUACAGCACACUUCCUGGAAAAUCAAGAGUAUAUCAGUUAAUUAUAGACCAUAUCAUUUCUGGUCUUCUAUUGUUUAAUCAGAUAGAUGAAAUAAUACAGGUUUUAAACAAAAAAUAACAUAACUAUAUAAUUUGGUGUUAAUUUGUCAAUAUAAACAAAUAAGUCAGUUACAAACAAAUGACUACAUUUUUUAAAUGUCGUAUUCAUCCCUGCUUUUGCUUUUUAAUUUAUUUUUCCCUUUUUUUCCACAUUUAGAUUGAUUGUUUGAUAUUACAAAUUGAGAAGUAGUGGCCUGAAAAUUUAUCUUAAUAAAAGAAGUGUUGCCAGCUGUAAAUUAGUGCCAAAUAUGAUUUUAUUACAAAGAGUGAUGUGAUGUUAAAUAAUAAAAAAGAACAUAUUUCUACACAGGAAGUGUGUGAGGGGAGUCAGUUAGAGGCAGGGGGAGAGAGAAGUGCGUUUGACCAACAGAGGAUUAACACUAAUCUCUGUUUGGGCCUCAUGCACUUCACCUGUAACAUAUUCUCCCAUUGGCUCUUGUCUGAUCUAGAUGUCUGCCUUAAAGCAACCAGCCCUUUUAUUGGCUUGACUGUUAAAUGAAGCUGACAUGUGAAUGUAGGAAUGAAUUUCAUCACGAAAAAAGCAGAAUCAUCCUACUGCUGAGGAUGACAGAAGUUUCCUGGUUGUGCCUGUUCAGUGCUGCCAGACUUUUGAUUACAGCUCAGCAUAUGAGCAGGAUUAGACAAAGUUCAGAGUCAGCACAGUGCAGGGCUGAGAGCGAGUUAAUUGUUACUUCCACAUUUUAACAGGAGGUGUAUAAUGUGUCCAAGGGAGCAUUCACGAACACAAAUUUUAGAUAAAAGCAGUAAUCUUCUCACCAGGUAGGUUAGCACAAAAAAAAUUAAAUACUGAUGGGAAUUAAUGUGUGUCUGUGAGUGAGUGAGUCUGUGUGUUUGUGUUCUUAUUCUCAUCGGCCUGUAUUGUUUGAAAACCUUUUAACAUGUACUCUUUAGUAGCCCUGCUCCACAGCAGCUGGUGCUCACUAGGUGUGUUUGUUUGUGUGCGCUGCUACAGAUGAAAGAAUGAUUUAGAGGCUUAGGCUUUAUUACACAAUAUGUCCUAUUACUAGCCAAACUAUAUACUUAAAAAACCCAAAAACAUAUUGUAGAUGGUGACAUCAGCCUUUUAUGCUAUUUAUUUGUGUAUCAGGGUUCAAAAAGUGCCGGUAUAGCUAAAACCAUAGACUGUACAUUCUAUGGAUGACUUGGUUCUGCCUUCUUCUGCCAGUGUACGGAUUUGAAGCUCUUGGUAUUUCCACGUUUUUUCUCCACUUCCUGAAACCAAUAAUGCGCAGUAGCGUUGUACGCACUACACCACUUGUGCAGUAGCAUUGUGCACAUUCGGCAGGAGAGUUGCCGAGAGUCACUGGCCCCGUUUUCAUGGGUCCAAAAAGCCUAUUUAUAAUCAGAUUGAAAGGUCAAUCAGAUUCAAAAUGUCUUAUAUAAACACCUUAGCCAAUCUGAUUCACCCGGAUCUGAUUGUAUUUCGGGUCGGAUUGUAAAAUGUAGUCUACACCGAUUGAUAAUCCGCUCCUUGCUCCAUAUAUACGGCUGAGUGGAGCGGAUUGGGUUUACGGAGAGGCUUGUUAGGUCUGCGCAGGCGCUCGGUAGUACGUAAGAGGCACGUAGUGACGUACGCAGAGCGCGCCCAAACGAAAACAAACAUGGCGAACAAACAGAAAAACUGGACGGUGGAGUUGUGUUGUUUCGUGCGACUGAGGAACCGUACACUUCUUGCUGUGCAACCCGGCUGGAUUUUACUUUUUAUUAACACAUAGGGUUCCGGUCUGGUAACUCCAGCGGUGUCACACACAAACACGUCCAUGCGCAACUCUAAAACGGAACUAAAACAAUGGUUGCUAUUAACAAUUCCCAUUGAUACAGUACAAUCCAAUUGGAUUCAGCUGGGGCCAUGAAAACGCGGACUGAACGUGGAUCUCUUUACUUAAAGUUCAUGUAUACAGAUGGAAUCAGAUUCACUUAAUCCGAUUGAUUUCAAUCAGAUUGAGGAAAACUACUCAUGUAAACGGGGCCAGUGUCUUAUCUUUUCUCCCCCAUGAUAGUGUUUUAGAGGACAGGGACAUAUACUGUACAGGAUGUGUGUCUGCAUGGUCUUUUGGAGGAUCUUUGUUGAGACAGUGUGAUGGGAGGAUGAAGAGUAGAGUGAGAGAAAACCUGCAGUUUAAGCCAUCUGUCUUCUCUAGAAAAGCGUCCAAGUGGGGGAGAGGGACGGCCCCACACAUGCACACACACACUAAUGUUCAGACUGGCAGGGAGGUAGACAAGCAGAUGGACAGACACACUUAAAAGCUAACAAAGAAAAGGAUUGACUCUGUUCAUAAUAUGAUGCUCAGUAUUGUUCACAGACCAGCAGGUGUGGAGAACUACAAACAUUAGCUAUGAUGCACCAACUAUCUCAAGGACUAACUGUCUGGCAUUAAGUGACCUAAGGUAUAGAAAAAAUAAAGAAGAACUGAUCUGUUAAAGAAUAUCAAAUUUCAACAUUAAAAUGACAUAUAGCUAGGUUUAAUGUUGAUAUUUGGCAUAAAAGAUACAAAAAUAGAAAUAUUUCUGUACUGGUGUCACCAAAUGUGCUUUUCAACUGAACCAAAACUUGCAACUAACAAUUACUGAUCCCUGUAUGAUAUUUAGCGGAAGGAUGCCUCAAAUAAGUUGACGUUAUAUAUUUUUUUGUUUGUUUUUUUGGGGAAAAUUAGAUUUGACACUAAUCUUGUUCUUGAACUAAGAUCAAGUAGUUAAACAGGGAUGGACAUUUUUACUAAAAUGAAGAAAAGUAAACUGCUGAAAAUGAAAAGUGGAGAUUGAAAAUUGUAUAGAUAUGCCAGAUAUGCUCAGAUGUGAUCUAGUUAUGCAAACUUAGUAGUAUAAAGAAUCUAUAUGUCAUGAUAUGUUCUGUUGAUGUAGUUUUUUUCAUUGGUUUUGUUAUUAGAGUAUAUUUUCUGUAUGUUUUCUCCUAGUGUUCUGUUCCUUAUUGUUCCUGUUCCCCUAUAGUCCAGUCUUGUGAGUUUUCAGUUUGUGUUUGACCCUUUUUCCCUCCUGUUCUCUGUGUUUUAUUCUUUAGAUCAGUUUUCAGUGUUUCCUGUUUUAUUUUGUAGUAGUUUAUUCCUUUUGUUUCUCAUCUGGUUUUACUUCCCUAGUUUUCCCUCCCUCGUUAAUCACCCAUGAGUUUCACCUGUGUCUCGUUAGCCUCACCUGUUGCCCGUUUACCUGUGUGUAUAGUCCCCAUUGUCUUUGUUUGUUCAUUGUAUGUCGAUGUGUGUGUAUGCUUGUGUCCCCAGUGUCUUUAGUUGGAUUUUGUCUUUUGGAUUUUUUGUGGUUGGACAUUUGGAAGUAAGUUGUUGUUGCCAUUUAUCAAUAAAUCAUUUUUUUAUGCAUUUGGGUCCUUUUCCCCCCAUUGUUUAACCCUAGACUGUGACACUAUAUUUCAAUGUCCUUAGCUAGCUGAUAGUGAGGAAGCAGACAUCUCUUCAUAUUUGGAGUGGGAGCUGAGUUUUUAUGUCACUUUCACUCUUGUUCUGGUUGGGCCACGGUUUGGAGCAGGAGCAGUUUGGCCCUGAUUAACUCUCAGCGUGUGACUCAUAGAUCCAAACAGCCUCAGGCUUUGCUUCGGGUUAAAACUCAGACUUCAUCUAUUUCUCAUGGACCAAAGUUACUUAAGAUUUUCUCCCCGUGUUUGCAUACAAGUUUUUUGGUCUUUGGAUGGGGGAAUUUAGCUAACUCUGACUGAAAUAUAUGCUGCAAAAACAAACCAAAAGACACACAAUCACAUCAACACACACCCGAGUAAUAACAGUCCAGUCAGCUGGUGGAGGAGCACACAGUACCAGUGUCGGGCUGACGCUGAUGUUGCAUAAGCAGCUGAAGAAAACUGUUUUCUGUGUGGGGGAAAAAACAACAACAUACAAACAUGUUUGCCGACAGAAGAGCAUGUGUGUGGACACGCUCUCAUGAGCUCACAGGCAUAGUUCUCACAACAGACACACAAGAACAUUGUACUAGUCAAUUACUGAUGCAAAACAUUUUAUUUGUGUGGAAACGCACAUGAAAACUUUUUAAUUUGUUGUAGUUCUAAUUAUUCUCUUAAUCAUAUUUUUAUACCUGUUAUUGACUCUCCUUCCCUUUCUUUGUGUUUCAGGGAUUUCCUUCCCCGUGGCUCCGGCAUUGUGACCCGUCGUCCUUUGGUUCUGCAGCUAAUGAACUGUCCCACAGGUAAAAACAGCCCAUCUAUUACACCUGUGUCAUGUUUACUUAGCUCACAUUGUAAAACAAAAUAGUCCCCUGAAGACUCUCAAAUAGUUUGAGGAGAUAUUUUAGACUCUGUAGUAAAAUGUAUUUUAGGUUCUUCUCUUGUGUUUAAUUUGGUGAGUUUGGUUGGAGACAGCAUCAAGUGGAUAUUAGACUGUUUUUAUUAUUAAGGCACCUCUCUACCAAUGUCAACACAACAAAUAUUAGUUCCAGUUUUGUGUGUGUUCUACACGAAAAAGUGAACGAUUCAACAACUCUAAUACCUUCCAUUAUCUAAUGUUAAGGGCAAAACUUAAGUGAAGUGUCAGCAUUUCUGAAACCUUUUUUCUCCUCACAGGGGAUAAACAUCAACCAUCCGCACUGAAAAUGACUUUUUUACUCUUCAUUCGGUUGUUCCUUGCUAGCUUUUUUACCACGCUGUGUGAACCAAAGUUUAAUCAAAGCUUAUCUAACAUUUGGGUGCUAGUUUAGCCUAGCUGGUAAGGCAGGCACAGAGUUUCUACACAGUUCAGUUGCCUGAUUUUGGAGUCUUCGGUCUAAGCUGUCUUCUUUACCACUUUUCUACUUCUUCAGGUCUUCCUUCUUUUGUCUUAAAAUGUACUUUUAGCAAUAUCCUUCUUCCAUCUCUUUCAGAGUAUGCUGAGUUCCUCCACUGUAAGGGCAAAAAGUUCACAGAUUUUGAUGAGGUCCGGCAGGAGAUUGAGGCAGAAACUGAUCGCAUAACUGGAGCCAACAAGGGCAUCUCCCCAGUGCCUAUCAACCUGCGGGUCUACUCCCCUCAUGGUAAGGAUGACAAAACUCUGUUGUAAACAAAGGAUACAGUUUUUCUGGGAAGCUCUGCAAGUCUGACAUCAAAACCUUUUAUACCAUAAAGCUUUUUAUUUUGCAGCAACCCAUCAGAUUAAGCUUUCUUGGCUUGUUUGCAGAGCUAAAGUGUCCUUCUGUCUCUUCACAGUGUUGAACCUGACUCUGGUGGACCUGCCCGGGAUGACCAAGGUGCCGGUGGGAGACCAGCCGGCAGACAUUGAGGCUCAGAUCAGAGAGAUGCUGUUUCAGUUUGUCACCAAAGAGAACUGCCUGAUGCUGGCUGUGUCCCCGGCCAACUCUGAUCUGGCCAACUCUGACGCUUUAAAGAUUGCCAAAGAGGUCGACCCCCAGGGUGAGUGUAUACAUACACAACAGACACAUACACACAUAGGCACACACUCUGCAAUCUCUCAGACAUCAAUAGAAGCAAGAGGAGGACGGUAACUACAGUAUGAAAAUACAUUACUUGAUAAUAAUACGGAAAUACAAUUUUUUUUUAACUACUGAUGAAAUAAAUGGAAAGGAUCGCUGAUGUGUCUGUUUGACCUGCCUGAACAAACCAGACAACCAAGACAAAGAUGGAUGAUUUCUACAGAGUUUCUAUAGAGUUAUUUCAUCUGCCUGCAGCAGGCAAGGUGUCAGAUAAGACACAACACUAACAGAUUAGAGGUAUCGCCCUGUACAAAAGCGGCACAAAAGUAACAUAAACCUGAAGUUUCCCACAGAAGCCUAAAGAAAAUAUCAUUCAGACUUCAGAUUUUGAUGAUUAUUGGUCACUGUUCUUAUUAAAAAUAGAUCUAAAGUGAAACAGAUCUAAGUAAUUUCAUCAAUUCAGGUAUGAGGACCAUCGGUGUGAUCACUAAGUUGGACCUGAUGGACGAGGGGACAGAUGCAAAGGAAAUCCUGGAGAAUAAGCUGCUUCCACUCAGAAGGGGUGAGUGCACGCGCACACACACACAUACACACACACACACACACACACACACACACACACACACACACACACACACACACACACACACACACACACACACACACACACACACGCACGCAGCACUACUCCUUUCUUACAAGGGGCCCUUGAAGUGACCCACUGUUUCCCUCUUGUGGCAAAAAGGCAUCUGCACUCAAAUUCCCCCCCGACACAGUAAACUGAAAAAAAAGUAAAAGCAGAGAAAGGAUGGGGGGAUGGCAGUUAAAAAGAAAAUAACUGAGUAAAGAAAUCAAAAGGCAGAUAGAAGAAGUAGAGGGAAAUUUGGAAAGGAGAAAGAGGGAAUGAGGGAAAGAGAAAAACAGUGUCUUGGAAAAGAGCUCGCAUUCGUCUUGUGAGCUGCCCUUUAAUGCAAUGUGCUGAUGCGAUGAUUUUCUUUUCCAUUUGCACUUGGUUAGAACCCAGGCAUGUGCUUUUGAAUAUUUUCCAUGUCCUUUUGUUUUUCUAUGUUUUUCCCCUCUCUCUUUUUUUCCCUCUCUCUCGCUCUCUCAGUCUAACACUGUGUGGAUGUCCACAUUUACUAGGCUGCUGGCUCGGCCUUGCAUUAGUUAUAGAGCAUGAAACGGCCUUUAACUGAGUGCUGCAUGAGAAAACUUCACUGGAGGUGAAACGGGAUCUGCGUGACCUGAACUCUCCUGUUGUUUUUCUUUUUCUCACACAUGCAGACAUUUAUUCUUUUAAUUCCCUUUUUUAUUUCCUUUCUUUCCCCUCAAAUUUAUACUUUUCUUUAAUCCUUGAAAUGUGGUUCUCCCCGAGUAAACAUUAUUAACACGGUUUUAAACGGUUUGGUCUAGGAGGGCUUGUACUUUUUUGGUUUGGCUGUUCAAAUAAAGUAUAUUUGAAUGAAUAAAAAUCUAAUAUAAUCUCAAUAAUGGCUCCAGUGCAAAAUAUUUUACUUCUGCGCUGAAAGUCUUGAAUCUGCUCCAGUCUGCUCUCAAAUGUUCCAGGAAGUGAUAAAAGAGUUGCAUCUGGUUUCCUCCAAAACUCCAAGUGUUUCAGGAUGUUUUAUUAACAUCUUUUGGUCUCCUGUUGUUGUUGUUUCCAGGUUAUAUCGGUGUGGUAAACAGAAGUCAGAAGGACAUAGAUGGAAAGAAGGAUAUUAAUGCUGCUAUGGCUGCUGAGAGGAAGUUCUUCCUCUCCCAUCCUGCUUAUAGACACCUGGCUGACCGUAUGGGCACUCCCUACCUACAAAAAACUCUCAAUCAGGUAAGAAAAAAAGUGCUCCUGUCAUUUACCUAUUUCUUAUAUUCUUCAUGUUUAAGCCCUGCUCUCCAGUCAUGCUGGGUCAUUUUUACUUCAGUGCAGUUGCUACUGCAGAGUUUAGCUGCAGUGUUAAUACUCACAUCAAGACAUUAUACUUAGUCAUAACAUCCUGCCCUGACUCCAGCUGUAUUAUUCAUUCAUGGCUCACAUUCUGCAACCUAUAUUUCUGUCUGAGUGUACAUAAUGAUCACUUAAAAAACUAAAUCAUUAAAUAAAGUUCAUACAUUAUUCAGACCUCAAGUUUCCUCCAUAAGGGAGUGCACCUUAGAUAUCAAUGCACUAAAUAUUGCUAGAACCCUACUGGAAUGCAAUGAUUAUUUCUUUCUUUCCUUCUGUCCGUCAUACUUUCAUUCUUUCUUUCAUAGUUUUAUUUCUUUCAUACUUUCAUUCUUUCUUUCAUAGUUUCUUUCUUUCAUACUUUCAUUUCAUAGUUUCUUUCAGUUUCUUUCUUUCUUUCAUGCUUUAAUACUUUCUUUCAUACUUUCAUUCUUUCUUUCAUGCUUUCUCAUUUUCUUUUAUACUUUCAUUCUUUCUUUUAUACUUUCAUUCUUUUUUUCAUACUUUCAUUCUUUCUUUUAUACUUUCUUUCUUUGUUUCUUUCUUUCUUUCCUUUGUUUCUUUUAUACUUUAAUACUUUCUUUUUUUCUUUCUUUCAUACUUUCAUUCUGCUUUCUUUUUUCUUUCUUUCAUACUUCCUUUCUUUCAUACUUUCAUUCUUCUUUCUUUUUUCUUUCUUUCAUACUUCCUUUCUUUCAUACUUUCAUUCUUCUUUCUUUUUUCUUUCUUUCAUACUUUCUUUCUUUCUUUCUUUCUUUCUUUCUUUAUUUCAUGCUUUCUUACUCUCUUUCUUUCUUUUUUACUUUCUUUCUUUCUUUCUUUUAUAUUUAAUUUUUUUUUCUUUCAUACUUUCUUUUUUAUACAUUAAUACUCUUUCUUAUAUACUUUAAUCCUUUCUUUCUUUUAUACCUUCAUUCUUUUUUCUUUCAUACUUUCUUACUUUUAUACUUUCUUUUUUUAUACUUUUUUACUCCCUUUCAUACUUUUUAUUCUUUCUUUCAUACUUCCUUUCUUUCUGUUCUUGAUUUAUCUUGUGUCUUUCUUCUCUUUUUGUUGUCUCCAAUUGUAAAAUUUGACAGUUCACAUGCUUGGUAGCUCUAACAAGCCCCUAAAACUCGCCCAGUCUUUGCACAUGUGUGUUAAAAAAUGACAAACUGCAAGUAACAGAUAUUUCAGAUAUUGAACAUGCACUCUACUGUGACAUCUCCCAUAUUUGUCCUGCAUAUUUGAUUGUUUGAACGGCUCAAAGUUUUGUUCUAUAUUUUGUAGAGGCUCAAGUGAUCUAACUCUCACCUUUGACCUUUACAGCAACUGACCAACCACAUCCGGGACACUUUGCCAGCUCUGAGGGCCAAACUGCAGAGUCAGCUUCUGUCCAUAGAGAAAGAAGUGGAGGAGUACAAGAACUUCAGACCUGAUGACCCAUCUCGCAAAACCAAAGCUCUGCUCCAGUGAGUAGAAACAAUGAAAAGACACAUGAUGAGAUAUAAUCAGGCUCACAGAUACAGUGUUGUCUUUGUCUCUGCAGAAUGGUGCAGCAGUUCUCUGUGGACUUUGAGAAGUGUAUAGAGGGCUCUGGAGACCAGAUUGACACAGCCGAGCUGUCUGGUGGUGCCAGGAUCAAUCGCAUUUUCCAUGAACGAUUUCCCUUUGAGCUGGUCAAGGUGUGUGCCUCACGUUUCGUGAUCUUCAGCCCUCAAUAUAUGGUUGAAAGCAGAUAAUUCAAGUCAUUUUGAGCAAGUUCCAGAAGGGGCAGUGUUUUUUUGCAGAGAGGAAGUACCUGUGGUGCGUUAUCCUUUCCUAAAAACGUAUUAUUUGAACAACUUGGCAGAAAAAACAACUUGGAUCACUUGAGAAUUGCUUUGUCUUGCUUUUUCUUCCUUUUUAUUCUCUCUCUUUUGAUCAUAAAAAAUCAUAAAAGUCAUGAACAAUAAGAGUUGACCUUUAGAAACUGCAAGAGUAAAAAAGUUUGUCCGCAAUAUGCAAUAAAAAAUGUCUGACUUUUGCCAACUUUGGCAUGAGCUGUGAAUCAUAAACAUGUCUGUUCAGAGCUGUAAAUAUUUAGACCCAAAAGAUACAGACCCCAAAUUCUUUGGAACAUUUAUCAGAGUUGUGGUUUCUCUUGUUUUGCUCUUUUGUUGUGUAUUGAUUGGUGGCAUUACAACCCGUUUACUCAGCAGAAAAGGGAUUUUUGAGUGUUUGUUUGACAUAAAACAUGUCGGUAUUUUAGGGUUAUGUGAUUCAUAGUGGCGGAGGAUGUGGAGUGAGUAAAUUUGAUAAUAAUGAAGGAAGAGAAGUGUCAUAAGUGGGAGGAAUAUCUUGCUUUUUCUCAGCCUCCAUCUUUUAUCUUUUCUUCACUUUCUCUCUCAGUUAGCACCGACCCUCUCUCUGUGUCCUCCUCUGUCCUCUCUCACCCUCCCUCUGAGGAUAUAAAACUUAUUGCCUGUGACUGAAGCUUCAGAAUAAUUCAGUGUCUGUUUCAUUCUGUGAGGACAGAGCAGAUUGUUUCCUAUCCAGAUGAUAGACAAAUAAAACAGAAAAAUCAUAGGAAUCUUAAUCUUUAUAAAACGUCAUUUAAGGAAAAUGUGUAUCUUUGUCUGGGAAAGGUCGGAUAAAUGAGGUCUAUAGUCUAUAUGUCAUAGCUGCCCGUUUAGGGGCAUGUCUCUGACCCUCACCUCCUCCCCAGAAAUACAUAAUAAUAAUAAUAAUAAUAAUAAGUCGAAGUAAAUAACAUGAACUUCAUUCCACUUUGUUAAAAGUUAGUGUCCCAGUUUGGACACCUUGGGCAAAAAAGGUCAGAAUACACCCUUUAACAUAAUAAGGAUUUUACCGUCGGGCCACUCCAGCGUAAAACAAACGGGCUGGCUGCAAUAUUCUGCAAAAAAAAAAAAAAAAAAAAAGAAAUCAUAUCAGUUGAUUGAUACCAGUCCAAAUUGUAUCUGUUUAUUUUAGUUUAAAGCAGGGAGAAAAUCCAGCCUGGCAGGCCUGAUGACAACCGCUAUAGUAUUUUACUGGUAAUCACAGUAAAUUGGGUUUAUUUACACACAUAGAAAUAACAGGAUUUAUCAUUUAUACUGGGGUUUCAAUAUUUCCUGGCAGGGCACACUGACUUCUUUUUGACUCCCAGUUAUGAUUCCAGCCCGUCACACCACACAGCAUGAAUCAGAUUCAGUGUUUUGUUUUUGUGAGGAAAAAAAUUUUUUACGUUUAGUCAAUUUUAGAGAUGAUUUUUAGCACAUUUUUGGUAUGAUUGCCUAAUGAUCUUGCCAAGAUUUUAGUUAAAACAUCAUAAAAGCGAUCUUUUUCACAGAAGUUAGCAACAGGGAGCUAUUUUAUGAAUGUGUUUGGAGCUCAGUGGACUAAAUGAUGGAGGACUCGAGGGAGAGAGAUAUUUAACUGAUUUAUGAAUCUGUUAGAGAUAAAAGUGUCUGUAUUUAAACCUCCCUGUUGUUUCCGUCUGUCUGUUCGCAGAUGGAGUUUGAUGAGAAAGAGCUCCGCAAGGAGAUCAGCUACGCCAUCAAGAACAUCCAUGGAAUCAGGCACGUACGCCCUCAAACUAACCCCUCUGUUCAUCCCUGCCUCUCUCUAUCUUUCCUUCCCGCCCUCCCUCUUUUCAUCAGAGUCACCUCUGCCGGACAGAAUGCAUCUAAGUGACUUUGCUUAUCUAAUCACAAAGACCUCUAUACUUUGAUUACACCUUGUGGUGAAUACUAAUGACGUCAGUUUGGAUCAGAAAGGGGACUAUUUCAUGUUCUUAGUUUAUUUGCAGUCUGUUGAUUUUUUUCCUGUUUUCCGUCCAUAGAGAUAUUUAGCCUUUUUCUUAAAUACUCCGAUUCAAAGUGGAUUAAAUGCUGACAGUAUUUUAAAAUAUUCCAAUACCUAUUCUAGUGUAUGUGCUUACAAAAGAGGAUUAGACAAGAUAGAUAGACAGAUAGAUAGACAGACAGACAGACAGACUUUAUUGAUCCCAAACUGGGAAAUUCACAUGUUUCAGCAGCAAAAAAAUACAAAAUAAAAUUAAAUAUAAGAAGAAGUUAGUACAAUACAGACUAAAAAUACUAAGUAUAAACAAUAAAUACAGACUAAAUAUACUAAACAUCCUAAGAGAAAAAAGUGAGAUAUGAAGAAAGUGGGCUUUAUUAUUAAAUAAUAUUAAAGCCACGUGAAGCAAAGAAGAAGCAAAAGCCACAUGAAGCAAAAAAAUAACAAUUACAGGAACGAGAUUAAAGUUGAAAUUUCUAGAUUAAAGUCGGAAUUUUGUGAAUAAAAUUGAAAUUUCAAGAUUAGAGUCAAAAUCCCCCCCCCCCCGCCCAAAGUCUCCCUUGAGUCGACUUUAUUCGACUUUAUUCAUGUCAACUUCAAUCUCGAAAUUUCAACUUCAAUCUCGUUUCUGUAAUCAUUUUUUUUCUCUUCAUGUGGCCCUAAUCCUCUUUUGUAUGUACUUAAGUAAGAGCUGAUACGGGGUUUCCCUCGAAUUUUACAUAACAAUAACAAUUAACAAUAACAAUAUUUCAAUCAGGGCCACUGUCGUCAAAGAUAGUUAAUUACUUGCAUGCAAAAAGUUAUAUUUUGUGGCAUGGCUCUGUUCUGAGACCUCAUAUAUACAUGUAAAGCCAAGGCAGGGGGAGCAGCAGCAAAGAUCCCCCUGGUAUAGGAUAGAGCAGGCACCAAUAUACAUAUACAGUGGAUAUGACAUGCACCAAGUCAUACAUCAUGGCAUUAAAUCAGUUAAAUGGGGGUAAUGUCAAUUUCAUGCUGUAUAACUGAGGCUGCAUUUUAGAUGGUAUUAAAGAGUGACACAAAAACAUAGUAAUUGCAUUGAGGUGAAUGCUGAGUCAAUCGAUUUCUAACUUACGGUGGGCAUAAGUCACUUAAAUUACUUAAUAUUCACCUGAUUUCUUUCAUUCGAACUCUUUAUGGUUUAACAUGUGUUAAUGUUUGGGGAAAAAAAAUCAGUAAUAGAGGAUAUUCCUUUUCAAUUAACACUUUUCUCUCUACCCAACCUUCCUCCCUCCUUUUUUCUUUUUCUCCAUCACCCUCCUCUUUCUUUUUUGGCCCCGUGGCUCGUUCUCUCUCUGUCGGGCAGAACUGGCCUCUUCACCCCGGACAUGGCCUUUGAGACCAUUGUGAAAAGGCAGAUUGGGAAGAUUAAAGAGCCUUGCACUAAAUGUGUGGACAUGGUCAUUUCUGAGCUAGUCGGUACGGUUAGGCAGUGUACCAAGAAGGUAAAAACAACCAAAGUCAACAGUGGAUAGCACUUCUUUUUUUUUUUUUUUUUUCAACCCUGAACUGCAAACUCCUUGUGCUGUUAAUUCACUUUAACUGUAACCACCCGGCUCUCUCCAGCCCUCGCUGUUUUUCUGAACAGCUAGGGGACUCCUGGAGUGACAGGGUGGGCUGCGGUGUACCUGCCUGCCUUCCUACUGUACCGCUUUGGAAGGGUUUGGCUGGACAGGCUGGCCGUGGUAGAAAUCUGUGCUUAAGAAAACCAGUGUGGAGGCUGAGGAGUCAUCAAAAAUAUGGUUGCCUGGAAAGAUUAAAUGUCAAAGCAGCCUCAGGAUAUGUGUUUAUGAAUCUGAUUAAAAGGCUUCUCUGCCAGUAACUCAUUUUUGGAAAGAAGAAAGUGUCCACUGUUCUGCGCUUGAAUUGACCAGCUUUUCUUACUUGUGUUCAUUCAAAGUUGGCAAAUCUGUGAAACAUAUUCAAAACAUGUUCAGUACUUGAUUACUCUUAAUGAUCACAAACAUUAAAAAUCAGGAUUCACAGGGCUGCCUCAAGUCGGCUGUUUUGGCAAAGUAAGGAGACAAACUUUCUGCUGCAUGAAUGUUCCACUCUGUGUACCACCUUUAUACAGUUAAUGAGCAAAAUAUCAUUGUCCUCCACUAUUUUAUACUUUUUUAUUUAUUGAAUUUAUUAAACAAAUGCACUGACAUACAUCAAGCCUUUGCAGUUAUCAUAUAUACACAACCUGCUGUUUCAUGUGUCAAUAUUUUGCACAGAAAAGCUACUUUUAGAGUUAAGUGAUAGCAUGUAUCUUGUUUGCAUAAGGAAUGUAAGAGCCUGUCUGAAACUUUCAAUUAUAUCUUGUUCCACUGAGAUCUAAUUUGUUGGACUAGCAACCUCUUUUAAUACUCUUUUGAAUUAGUUGUAACACUUUACUCGAUGCCUAUCUCUAUAACACAUAAAUAUAUGUAUCAUGCGUUAUAAUCACGUUAUAGCACUGUAUAACUAUAGUUAUAAACACUCAUAAAUGAUCAUAAUGCUUUAUAACAAUAAUCAUAACACAUAAAGCAUGACUUACACGGUCAGGUAUUAUAAUGUGUAAACUGAGUGUUUAUAAUCAUAGAAAUACAAGUUUAUAAGCAAAUUAUAACACAUCAUGUAUAUGUAUGUAUAAUGCAUUAUCUAUGUGGGCAUUGUCAGUGAGUUGUGAACAGUAAUAACACAUUAUAAUACCUGACCUUGUCAGUCAUGAUAAAAUGCUUUAUAAUGUGUUGUGAUUAUUGCCAUAAAGCAUUAUGAUCAUUUAUGAGUGUUUAUAACUAUAUUUAUACUGUGCUAUUACAUGAUUAUAAUGCAUUAUACAUAUAUUUAUAAUGCGUUAUAGAGAUAGGUGUCAGGUUAUGUGUUACCAAAUAAGUUAUCUUGUUAUUAGGGCUGUUGCAAUAUAUCAGUUUUAAUGAUAAACAUCCUCUAAAAAAAUAUUGAAUACUAAAAUUAGCAUGUUAUAUAUCUACUCUAUAGUAGGGGGCAGUAGUAGCUGGCUGGUUUUUACCCAACUUGAAACAAGCUAGUUGUAGCAAUAAAAAAAUAGCACUUUAAAACUGAUAUCAGAGAUUCAGAGUGAAUCAAAAAUUAUACACACCUGCUCAGGGUUGCUGAAAUAUUAAAAAUACUUCAAAUUUUUUUUUAUUAUCUGUUAUCAGUCAUUCUAUAACUAAAUAGAUUUUUGCACAGGUUAAAAUCUUGUUUGUACAAAGAGUAUCUUGAGAUAUGAUGUGAACGCUUGCCUGCGUAGUGUGUAUUUAGAGUGGAAUUGGCAUGUACUUAAAGUUUGAAAACAUUUGACUCAUGAGAGACUUUCUAUAAAUAAUGUAAAGAAAGAGUAUUCACACUUUUUUUUAAUAUUAUCAUUCUUUUUUACAUACAUCCAAAUAAUUAGAGUUAUUUAUAAUCCCUGGCAGCCAUAUAGGAUGACCUCAGCAUCCAGACUUUUUUUGUGUGUGUGUGUGUGUGAGACUGCAGCCGUGCACCUGCAGCAGACGGGAGCCAUGACAAUUAUGUUUUAUCUCCUCUUCAGCAGACCUCGGGGACCUCUCUCUUAGCUACACAGGCUUGUGAGCGCAGCCAGAAAAAGAGCAGUAGUCUGUGUCCAAGUUGAUCCUCUGUGACCAAACAAUUUUAACAGUGGUUGGAGCUGAAACAACCUGGAGGCCUCGGGAUAAUAAAUGUUAUGAUUACACUCCCACUAAAAGUCAGAGAGGAAGGAGGGACCGGUGGAGAAAAGGGUCAACGGCAGGAGGAUUGGGGCUCCUUGGCUGAAUGGUGGUGGUGCACAGCUGCAGUCUGAGAGUACAUUGCUUGGAGUUUUUUGGCUGGUGGAGUUAAGCAGGCUGGGAGCUCCCUCUAUUUCUUCCUCUUUCUCUCCUCUUUUCUCUCCUCACUGAUAGAGAGAUAUUCCAGCUCUGUCCUGUUUAAGAAUGGCUUCAGGGGAAAUCAAAUGUCUCACUUUUGCAUUUUCUGCCUUCUGUGCUGUUUACCCCCAAACCUCCACUCCUUACCUUGUCUCUUUAUCUUUGAUCUGUUGUCCCUGUUUCUUUAAAUCCUCAUCUGUGUAUUGCCCCUUACCCUUGUCAUGUUUUCACUCCUUUUUUGUGUCUUCUACACUCACUUUCUUGUCUUUUCUCUUUCUCUUACAACUCUUUGGUGCUUUAUUUCUCUCCCUUCCUAUUUCUUUUUUCUUUCCUUUUUUUUCCUUUUUCUUUUUUUUUUCCCUCACUCCUCCUCUCUCCUCUGUGCCGCCUGCUUGUCCCUACAGGACGGGGCUCUUCACCCCUGACCUGGCUUUUGAAGCCAUAGUGAAAAAGCAGAUCCAAAAGCUGAAGGAGCCCACUCUGAAGUGUAUAGAUAUGGUUGUGAGCGAACUCACCUCCACCAUUCAUAAGUGUAGUCAAAAGGUAACAUGCUAAGGAGAACCAAGCUAUUUUUUUUUUUACAGUUUUCUUUUAAUCUCGCAUGUAGGGGUUGACCAAAAGCUGGACAUUAUCAGUGAUAGAAAAAAUAUACAAUUCAGCUGCUUCUUUUAAAUAUUUUUGCACCUUUAAAAACUAUUAAAGACAGAAAACUGAGAAACAAUGACUGUGAAACUUUGAGGUUUUGGACAUGUGUGCUUUAGGUAAAGUUUAGUUUUAACUAUAGCGUUACUUUUGAUCACUCUACGUGUCAUGUGCAGUUUAUUUUUCCUUUAUUUCUUUUUUUUUAUUUAUCUAAAAUUGUUAGUUUGGCUUCUAUGAACCAACUAACCCAUGUUAAAUGCAUCGAAUUACUAAGAAUAAAGGCUCGUCCUAAUCCUUGGUGGGUAUGUGGGUCACGUAAUGAAGCUGUCCAGCAUUUAUAGAUAAAUAACUUCUGACUCAAAGCAGCAAGUAUGGGUCUAUCUUAAUUUUAGAUUUUUUAGUGCCUCAACAAAAGCUACAGUUCAAGUGAAUAAAACUUUGCUAUUUCAUCAUCAACAACAAUUGAAUAAGUUAGUGCCAAACAGCCUGCAUGUUAUAUAAGCCUUUGUUAAAUUUGAGCUCAUAAGACCAGAGAGAGUUUUACUGAAGUUGUUGAAAGACUGUUUUUCUGUUUCUGUCAGUAUGAUUUAACACAACGGAGUGACUGAUUGUGAAGUUCCACUCUCUGACAAAUUAACGUUCUUCAAGCAUCUCUUUGUUUCUCUUUUUUAUUUUUUAUUUUAUCCUCUCCAUCCUGUGAUAUUUCGAACCGGCUGCAAAACAGAGCGUGACCUCCUUUGGAUUUCUCCUCUCUGUCGAACUUUUAUCCUGAUUUCAACUUUCAGAAACAAGUAUUUAGUUUCUGUGUUAUAACAAACAGGGGUUGGGAGAAUCCACAAAGGGGUCAGUUUGAAGUCUCCUCCCAUCAUACUCUCUCCUUUCCUUAUCUCCUUCCCUCUCUACCUUCCUGCAUCUUUGCAUUGCAUGUCAGUCUGAAUCUGAGUCCUGCCUGCAGCCUUGAUUGUGAGGAAGAAAAAAACUUUUUCCUUAAGUUUGUAUUUCUGUUUUAAAUUUUAAGACACUAAACACGUUUUGAGAUACUGACAGCCUCUGAGUGCCUUUGAGUUACAAUGCACCUUUGCUAUUUUUGGUGUUUUAAUUUAUAAAAAAAACAAAAAAAACAGAUUGCCUUACACAUGCGUGGACAAAAACAUGCACUAAUGCCAACCUACUGGUGGAUUCUGAGCACAAGUUUACAACAUAUAUUUUUGCUGCUGGUUAGCUAGUUAGUUUUAAAUACAGAGCUGCCAAGCGUCACCCCUUGAGUGUGACAGUCACGCAGUUUUGACCCAUUCUCACACCACAUGCCACACUUGACAUUUCUUACGCUUAUUUUCCUCGAUUUAAUACUCUGUAUUUAUUUUUUUCAUGAUAAUAAACUUGGCUUGCCGUAACUUUGAUUGACUGACUGAGAAAACCAAUCCCAGACCAAUUCAUCAGUCCUUUGUGCCUAAUGCUGCGUUCGAGUUACCUAGGAAGUCAGAAGUCCGAGCUGAAAAUGACGUCACACUCAAGUUACCAGCGUUUCAGCUACCAAGUCGGAAAAAAGCAAAAUCGGAGGUGGAAACAAGAUGGCUACAUCUACGAAAGUUAUUUUAGCGCUUGCUUUGUCCGAAUAUAAGGCAAGCGCUAAAAUAACUUUCGUAGAUGUAGCCAUGUUUCAGGCCAACAUUAAAAAAAGGCAACAAAAAAAAUUGCCGGUCGAACACACAACACUAAAGUCCCACUCUUUAAGCAGAGUAUGCUAAUGUUUUCAUCAUACUAAAAGUCUGGGGCUGAAGGACGCUGAGGCAAAGCUAGCUAUUUAGCUAGCUAGCUAACAUAUAAAUCAAGAAAAAGCUAUAUUAUAAAUCUGAAGCUCUGUAAAAUAAAACUCUUAACACUCCUGAAUAGUUAUUUUAUUCAGAAUAAUUACACAAUGGAGCACUCAUUCCCUUAAAUAUUGUUAUUCAGUCAGCCAGAUGUGCAAACUUUUGGUGCCUUCAGCUGACAAACACAUUAGUUUACACCCUCAUGCUUUAGCUUUAGCUUUUGUGUCCUGGUCUGACAGGUAAAUAAAAACCAUCUGCCCCUUAAAACUCUUUGUAUUCAGCCUCAUGCACAGAGUUUCAGCACCUGCUGUGAGGUUGCAAAGGUAUUAUUUGCCAAAUAAUUUGCCUUUCAUUUCUUAUUUCCUUGGCAAAACUAUUAGAAAACAACAGUUUUGGAAACGUUUACAGCUGGAAAUGCUCAUCCAUCUUAACAGUGUAUCCCAUUAUUAAAACACAUUAUUCUGGUUGUUUUCUGCUUUGUAAUUGGAUGAAACCCAGAGAGCAGUAAAUCAAGGGGAAGUCUUCCACUUCCACACUAAACCCUGUCAGACAUAGAAGAUGCAUUGUAACUUGAAAGAGAACCGUAUAUAAUUUAUCUGUCUUUCUCUCUCAGGCUGUGAUUUUGGUUUUGAUUUUUCUUCUUUCCUCACACUUUCCAAAAUGUGUUUGUGUCACAUUGGAAGCCCACCAAUGUCUGCCUUUGUGGGUUUGCAAUGAGCUCAUGGAAAAAACGACCCAAAUUGUGCUGGGAAGAAGCUCUCCUGCCAGUAACAUUGUUUAUUCUGUUUGUCUCGUACUAUCACAGACUUAGCACUACUCCUCUGCACGUCUGUUAUAUUAUCAACAAACUGUGGACAUUAUUAUGGACCUGAAAUUAAUAUCCACCCAUUGUUGGGGCCGUGCAGAGACUAGAGCUGAGUCUGUGACAGAGUCCAUAAAACAUAACCUUUUCAGUUGUGUUUUUAUUUUGUUGUAUUAGUGGAACUGUGUGUGAACUGUGGAUCAGUGAGUGACGUUACAUGGUUGUUCUACUGAAGCUAAUAUGCUGUUUAGGUACUGUCUUGUGCGUGAGAGUGGGUAUUUGUGUUUUUUGCUACCUGCCUACCUACUGUGCUCUGUGCCAACAGCUGGCCCAGUAUCCACAGCUGAGAGAGGAGAUGGAGAGAAUCGUCACCCAGCACAUUAGAGAUCGGGAAAGCCGCACGAAAGAUCAGGUAUAACCGGAGGAUGACAAAAAAAGGGCUUGGUUUUGUGGUGGAUAAGAGGCCUGAGGCUGGGCAGCAGAAUUACACUCAUUUACGACUCCAGCUGAAGUAUUAAUACCCUUAAAAAAAUAAAUAAGAAGAGUUUACCAACCUCAGGAGGAAAAUGUAAAUGCUCAGAAAUGGCCUACUGGUAUACGGAAAAGAUAGUUUGUCUUUGUUUGUAACCUUGAAUAAAUCUAACGUUAGAUAAAAGUUAGCUAUUGACAUAGCAUGUGUAAGUUUUAAAGCUAAAAGUGUUUCAAAUUAAAAACCUAAAAAGCUAAACAUAAGUGUCAAAAACUGACAAAAGUUUUUUGGCCCCACAAAAUAAUGAUAAUGAAAAUGAUAAUGAUAAUAAUAAAAAUGAUGAUAAUAAUAAUAAUAAUAAUGAUAAUAAUGAAAAUGAUAAUAAUAAAAAUGAUGAUAAUAAUAAUAAUGAUAAAAAUGAUAAUGAUAAUGAUAAUAAAAAUGAUGAUAAUAAUGAUAAUGAUAAUAAAAAUGAUGAUAAUAAUAAUAAUAAUAAUGAUAAUAAUAAAAAUGAUGAUAAUAAUAAUAAUGAUAAUGAUAAUGAUAAUAAUAAUAAUGACAAUAAUAAUGAUCAUGAUAAUAAUAAUGAUAAUAAUAACAAUAAUGAUAACAAUAAUGAUAAUAAUGAUAAAAAUAACAAUGAUAAUAACAACAAUAAUAACAAUCUUAAUAAUAAUAAUAAUAACAACAAUAACAAUAACUCUAAUAAUAAUAAUAAAGAUGAGGAUGAUAAUGAUAAUGAUGAUAAUAAUAAUAAUAAUGAUAACAAUAAUUACAAUAAUAUUGUUAUAUAUAUAAAUAUAUAUAUAUAUAUAUAUAUAUAUAUAUAUAUAUAUAUAUAUAAUUUUUUAGAAACCUUUUCAACUCAGAGCACAGCAGAAAUAAUUAGAAAAAACUGAUAUUAUGCCUUUUCCUCUAAAUUGCAUUUUAUGUAGUUGCCUCAAGUGAAAAUAAUGCUGUCAAUGGACAUAGGCCCUGAGUUUUGCUUUGGCAACUGUUAAUAAACAUUGAAUUUAAAAUAAACACAUACAAAAAUAUCAAACAACUUGUAUGUCAUCAGUAAAUGGGCUUUAUUGAUAACAGCUUUUACUUUCUGUUUUUUUUUAUGUUCAGGUGUUGCUGUUGAUAGAAAUUGAGUUGUCCUACAUGAACACCAACCAUGAGGACUUCAUUGGAUUUGCCAAGUGAGUUUGAAGAAAAGCUGGUCAACUUCCUAAUUACUGAAGUUUUUAAGUUUGUGUUUAGUUUAAGACCAAAACCCCGUGAUGUGUUUUGUUAUGCAGUGCUCAGCAAAGGAUCAGCCAGAUGAACAAGAAGAAAGCAUCUGGAAACCAGGUACUCUGAUCACAUAUUGACAUAUCCUUCUACGUGUUGCAGGUUAGAAUUCAGAUCGAGUCAUUCUCAUGAAGCCGCAGGAAUGUGUUCCCAGAUAUUCAGCAUGAACCGUCUGUUUGCCAGAAACAUGACAUCUGAACUUCAUAGAGUCUUUCCCCAAGGCUUCCUCCUGUUAGCACUCAGCUCUCUGUUUUACCCAUGCUAAAUGUAGCACAGCUAUACAGUAUUUUGUUACCCUGGGCAACAGUCCAUAUUCCACACAAUGCAGCCCUGUACAGCUCUUUUACACACUAAUUGACAACAGUUGCUGGAUGUUGAAACAACUUGUUCUUUUGGUGAAAAUCAGGGUGACGUCAGAACAAACCGAGGUCUGCUGCAGAAUAUCAGACUUCUUUUUUUUUUAUAGAGGAGUUUGUGUUUGACAAAAACUAUCAUUGUAUUAAUAUUAAAAAAGACAGCUCUCGGAUUGCUCUGCAGGAGUCACACAGUCACUGCUCCUUGAAACAUUCCUGAACAAAAGUCUUUCAAAAGUCAUCUCAGCAUUGAGAAAUUGUCUUAAAACUUGAAGGUGUGUUCCCAAAUGAAUAGUUACAUACAUACAUACAUUUUUGCCACAUUUUUUAACCUGUAUGCUUAAUGGCAAUCAGAUUGCAUACUAAGAAGGACAUUAUGUAAGUUAGCCAAAACAUGCAGGGCUUUCCUCCAUGUGAACAGAUGGGACAUGACUCAAGCUUAAAAUCGAAAUGCAGGUUAAAAAACUUUUUUUCUCAGACAUGUAUUUUUUUGUACUAAAAGUUCUCGUCAUGUUUAUUUAUGCUCAAGUCCUAAGUUUUCUUUAGAGUUUAGUUUAAUUACGAUAUUUGGUGCUUAAAAUGGGGGAUAAUAACACAACUGAGAAGACUUGGAAGGAUCCAACAAAAGCUUACAUGAGUCAUUGAGGUUUCUAUGACUGUAGAUUCUUCAAACUGGCACAAGAUCCUUUUCUCGGUUUAAUAUGUGUUUUUAGUAGUGUGCAUGGUGGAUCCUGAAUUUUAGCGACUAUGCCCAGAUUAUUUUUCCAAAACAUAUUCUUGAUCCUCAUUCAAGUUAAAUUUGAACAGUGGUAAAAACUGGAGACAUGUUGUUCACCUUUAUAUACAAAACAUCACAAUAUCUAAGUUUGCAUGUUAAUGUCCUGUUUGGUUGUGCUCUUUACUCUCUUCUCUUCUGCUCUCGGUUUCGGGUUUCUAUGUUUUUGUUUCCUCUUGGUUUUCUCCGAGUGAUUCCUCUGUUUUCUCUGUGUUGUCUCCUUGUUUUCAUCUCUGUGGCUUUUCUGCUCCAGGAUGAGAUCAUGGUGAGUAGUCUGUGUGUAUGUUUGAAUAAUGAGCGUGUGUGACUGCGUGCAUGUAUGAAAAAAAGAAGGCUUUCAUGCGUGCGUGCCCAUCUUUUCUUGAAUGCUUAUAUGAGGAUAUGUACAUGUGUGUUCACUCAUGCCAUUUAAGUGUGCUGAGUUAUGACUGAUUGUGGAUUCAUGAGUGUCUGUAUGGAUGUGUUCUUGUGUGCGAAAUAAGCUUUGAACUAACCACCAGUAGAUGAGCAGGUGGCUGUAUCGGGGGAUGCUUGGCUGCUUCCCUUUCCUCUCUUUUUCAGCCGCAGACACACAAUUACACCCACACGCACACAUUGACACAAGCAUCGCAGAAAGAUAUUUUAAAAAGCAGUUUUUUGUUCUUGUUAAAAAGUUUAGUUCGAGAUGCUCUAAGUGACUCAAGAUUGCCUAGCAAAGAGACGCCCACUAGCAGCGGCUCAAACUAGAUGGGAAGAAAGAGAUGGUUUUGAAAGAAAGUGAAGACCAAGAAACAAAAACAUCCUUUUUUUUCUACAUAUGUCAUGAAACUUGUCCUCAACCCUGUGUUUUAUAUCCUGCCUCUCUCCCCACUGCAUCCCAUUUAGCAAAAGGCCAGAGGGAACCAAGACCAGACAUAUCUCACCCUCAUAGUUAGCUACCAGUUGUCCUGGCAGCCACCCAGGUUAGAGGUCAAAGGUCAGGGGCACAUUGUAAACAAAGUGAUGAUCUCUGCUUCCUGUUCGGAGAUAAAUGUAGAAAGCCCUGCAGCUUCUGUUCUUAAUUGAACACCCUGUUAACCUCCAAGAAAAUUGAGGUAGCCUAGAAGACAAAAGAGCUAAAUGCAGCAGAGACAAAUGAUAGAAACUGUUUUAGAGUAAAAAUUAGGAAAAAGUUAGUGAAUACAUAUAAAAACAAAUGAUUAAAAAGAUAUUGAUUUUAAGAUAAUAUUUGUCCAACUUUUGAACUAAACUACUCAUUACACCGCCUCAGUCCGUGCAUAUCUGUCCAGUAGAUUUAUUAUUUUGUUUUCAUUACCUUCUCUAUUAUAUAUUCUGUUUUGAGCUGAAAAUGCGAAAAAAAAACAACUUAUUUUUUUAUUUUUUGGUUAUACAGAAAAACAAAUAAACAGAAUAUUGACUCGUUUUUUAUGUUUUUGUUUGCUAGAUUGAAAAGAAUGAUUGAAUGGACGGAUCAUACAUGGACCCGCCUAAUUUUUAUUAAACCAUUUGAUUGAUUUGGUGGUGUUUAGAUUGCGAGGACUCGAGAAGUCAUGUUUUAUCAAAUGGUUGACAUUUUAAAAAUACCAAAUAAAAGUAAAUUUCAUUUUUAACUGCAUGUUUAAAACUCAAUUAUCUAUGAUGUACUGUUUGUAAUGUUUCUAAAGCAGGUUUUAGGUCCAUAUAAAUCAUUUAAAGUCAUUUUUACCUGUUUAAAAAAGUGUGUUUAUCACAUGAACGUGAUGAAAUGAACCUUCUGAAUUCGUCUUUUAUAUUUGUUUUUGAUUAAAAUGCUGCCAAACCAUGACAUAGAGGCAGGAAACAGCUUCAAAGUGCUCACUCUUUGAAAAACUGUAGCUCAGAUGUCACCUGCUGCUUGGCUACACCCUAAUGCCUACAGUUCAUAGGUGGUAGCUCAGCUUGGAGAUGAACUUUGAAUUAGUUUGACCCAAAAUACAUACUGUUCUUGACCUGUUAAGUCAACUGUCUGGGAGUCUUUUUAAAGUUAAAUUAGCCAUUUUAACCACAAUGGUGUUGGUUCUCCCAUUCUCUAGUGGUGGGGAGCAGGAAUUGCAGCUACAGUGUGCCUAAAAGGACAAAAAAGCUUGCAUUACGAAGAAGAGUAUUAGUUAAUAUGGGAUCUUAAUAACAUCCUGAUGAAUGCAUUUAUGCUGGCAGCCCUUUUCAAGACAUUAGAAAACCAUCAUAACAUUAGCAGAUAAAGUUAAAGAUUUCAACCCCUCAAUUAAAUGAAAAAUAAAAAACACAUUCAGGUUCCUGCAUUUCCCUGCAUGGUCUCAAAAAGAUAUGACAUGGGCCACUCUUGUCGUAGCCCCCUCAUCCCUCUCUGCCCCAGCCUGUCCUGCUUGCUGUCCCCUCGCUGCCAUCCCAGCAGCCAGCUGUAAUGAACCAACCAUGUACUAAAUGCCCCUAAAUGCGCUGGCGUAUAGCUCUGUAACCUUCUCUCCACAUUCUCAUUCAGCCGGAGAGAGGAGUUAACGAUCGGUUCAAGGUAAUUAAACACGCACACCAUGUACAGUAUAUGUCUGUAGUUUUUCUGUUUAUGGUGGAGAGAUGAAGUACAAGAGAGAAAAGUAGGAAAAAAGACGUUUGAGGAAUGUGUUUGGUCGUGUAGGUAAGCUGGUGUUUGUUGUUACUGUAGGUUCGUAUGUGUGUUAAAGGACAGGAUUACUAAUACAGUGCUGUAGAUGUGACUAACAUGUGAAAUAAAGUGCUGAAAUUUGUGUUAAUGACUUUUGUUUUAUUUGUGUGUCUCUCAGGUGAUCAGGAAGGGUUGGCUGACCAUCAACAACAUCGGCAUCAUGAAGGGAGGAGCCAAAGAGUACUGGUUCGUCCUCACCGCUGAGUCCCUGUCCUGGUACAAAGAUGAUGAGGUAAGAUACUGACCUGGACACUUAACCAAGAGUGUUUGCACAUGCAUUGUUAUGUUUUUGUACACUCCAUUAUUUUGGGGUGAGCUGGCUUGAUGUCUGAGGUCAAAGUUUAAAAGCAUCAGUCAAAUUAACAACUGAUUUUGAUCGAUUUAUUUAUUUACAGUGCUUGGCAGAAAAAAAGGGAAACAAUUUGGAGUAAAUUUCAUCUUAAAACUUGAACGGUUUGCUCUGUGUUGAAUGAUGCUAACAGGUCAUAUCCAAAGUUUGUACAUACGCAACACGAGAGCAAAAUGCACGGUGCAGCAGAACUUCUGUGAGCGUGUUUUUGUUUGACAUUCAUCUGCGUUGUGGUGAAAUUUCCUCUGGAUGUCAGAAAACAGAGAAAAACUGCAGGCACAGUCUGUGUAAAUGACAAACGUAAUCCACUUUCAAAACUUUUAAUAAAGUCCAAAAUUGCAGUCGGAACACUUGUACUGCUCUACAAUUCACAGCAUGUACGCUCAGAAAAACAAAUCAUGGCAUAGUUUAUUUUUAAGUAUUUACAUCUACUUGAUUUUAUUUGAAUUAUUAUAUUUUUUGGAAUUUAUUUAUUCAAAUUUUUUUCUUUGUUUUUCUGUAAACAGUUCAAUUUAAUCUGUUAAAAUGUAUGAAUAUUGUUUAAAUAUGACAAGCUGUGGAUGGACCAAGAUUCAUUUAGUUAAAAUUUAAGAGAGAAACAAAUUGGAGUUAUCAAUGAUGAAUACAUAAAUCUUCAUUAUUUAUUCUGAACACAUUUGGUUUAAAGGUAUCAUUACAUAAAUCUAAUUCUUAAUUGUUUCAUUUACAUUUGACUGACAAAUAUGCAGCACAUCAAGUUUAUUAGCCUGUUUAUGUUAAAUCGAAGUAAUUCAAAUGGAUGCAAAUUUUGUUUGCAAUGAGGCCUAAAUAUUUCUGAGUGUACCAUGUGAUGUAAGUAACUGAAAGAAGGACAUGCAAAAGUUGUUCUUUUCUACUCUCAUAUACUUUAAUUAUUGUGAUAGGACCAAAAUAAAGAGAUUAAAAAUUUAAAAUUAAGUUUACGUGAACUUAAUGUAUCACAUCAUAGCUGAAGUCUGGUGGACUAAAAGAACGAAUAAGAUCAUGACCUCCACUGGUCGCUCUUUGCAGCUGCAGGUGUGUUAACAUCACCUGACAACCGAAGAAAAAGGAGAUAUGAAGAGAUACUUAUACAGCAUUUGUGACACUAUUUUUCAAUCACUUCAAACAGCUAAUUUAUCGCCCCGGGAGGAACGCCUGACCUGACCCUCCAAAAAUCAUUCUUAAGUCUGGACCCUAGAUAUGAACCUCCCCCUCAAUCUACACUUUUUAUACCAGGACCUUCCUACACUUUUACGACACAAUAUGAGAUAUCUUUUCAGAAAUGUGGAUCCUAUUUGAACAGCACUUUGUUUAUAACAAUUUCCACCAAAUUACAGGACCAGGAAAUUGUUCAAUUUAUUCCAGAGUAUGUUUUCCACGCUCUGGUCCAAAAGGCAGAAAUGAGUGUUUGUCCUCGGCACAUUCGAGACCGUUUGACCCAGCGUGUUUUGUUACUGGACCGACUGGUCAAAGCGGUGUCCCAUGAUGCUUUGCAGAACUAUUAGGAGCUAGCCACAGUCUCAGUGUCUCCAGGCCUUAGCCACAGCCGCACUGCUGCUCGCUGACAUAAGUGUAUGCAUAUUUGUGUGUGUGUGUGUGUGCAUGUGUGUGUAGGACCUAGAGGGCCUUUUACAAAGAGUCAAGACCCCCCAGAAUGUCAGACACCGAAGCUGGCACCCACAUGUGCAUACCAGAGCCCCCUGCCCUGUUCCCAAUUACACACACACACGUACACACACAAAUACACACACACACACACACAGCGGCUGCUUCUAAUAAACUUACUUCAUUUCAAAGAAGGGGUACAGAGCGAGAGCAGGCUGGGUUGUGAGGCAGGAGGCAGGAGUGUCUCUUGUUAGCUGGUUAGCAACAGGAGUAACAAGGAACAUUUUAGGAGUGGGGGGAGUGUAGGGGAGAAAUGGGUGAGGGUGGAGGUUUUGCUUUAAUAUCCUCCCUUCCUAUCUUUUUCCUCUUCUCAUUUCCCAUCGCUCCCUCGUACAUCCUCGAAGGUUUAUCCCCCGAAAAUCAGUGGAAACUCUUCUUCUUCUUCUUCUUCUUUUGGUUUUCCUCUCCUCAUCUGUCACUCCCUCCUCUUUCUGUCUCAUUCUUUCCUCCCCCCCCCUCCCCUCCGUCUCUCCCUCACCUCUUGUACUGUAUAUUUAUUUGAACAUGGAACAGCGAGGGUGCAGUGAGACCCAAAACCAACACAGGGUGCCAAGGCUGAAGGGAACUGCAGAGGACUUCACAUUAUGUUUUCUAUCAAAGCUCAACAUUUUUAUUGUCGAGUCGCACACACACACACACACACACACACACACACACACACACACACACACACACACACACACACACACACACACACACACACUAACCCACACCAGAGGUUCUCAUGAGGGCAUAUACACACAUGUGCACCUGGGUAAACACAUGCCAAGAUACACACUGUUGAUGAAAACUUGGAAACGGUUUUGUGUUUCAAUUUAGGGGGAAAAAUACGUCUGCUUGGAGUAAAAAAAAAUGAGUGGAAAAAAAAGUUUUGUGUUCUUUUUGUCCAAUUUUUAACUCUCACACACACACACACACACACACACACUCAUAUGUUUCUUUCCUCACAAAACAGUGCGGCACCGUUUUAUUGACUGCCUCUCGUCAUGGGGAAAACCCUCGCCGCAGCCUGGUUACACACGCAGAAACAUACACACAUGCACACACACCACCCCCAGACACUAAUAAUAACUUUCAACCCAACGAGUGGUGCCAGGAUGUUUUGGUUAGAGUGCAUGUGUGUGUUAAUGUGUACGUGUGUGUAAAUGUGUGUGUGUGUGUGUGUGUGUGUGUGUGUGUGUGUGUGCCUUGAAACCUUCUGGUCUGUAUUACCACAGGACAUGCCAAUUCUUUGAAUCAGGCUGCUCUGUUGCUCAAAACUUCCCAAAGCAGAGAAAGAGAGAGAGGAAGAUAUGAAUCGAGAAAGAAGCUGAUGAAAAGAGGUCCGCCAUAUAUAUAUAUAUAUAUAUAUAUUUUUUUUUUUUUUUAUGUAUAUAAUAGAUAUAUAUAAGAUCAUAAUCAGGCUUUAACACUCAAAGAAAACACAGAAAAGUGAGUUUAAGAAUGACUUUGAUGUCCUUAUAGUGGCAGCAGGGUGUGUUUUCUUUGGAUGCCCCUUUUUGCCCUGUGUGUGUGUGUGUGUGUGUGUGUGUGUGUGUGUGUGUGUGUGUGUGUGUGUGUGUGUGUGUGUGUGUGUGUGUGUGUGUGUGUGUGUGUGUGUGUGUGUGUGUGUGUGUGUGCCCGGGUUUCCCUGCUCCUGCUGUAAAGCUGCCAGAAAUCCAGACUCGCCUGGUGAUCCCAGCUGUAAACAUCCUGGGGGGGAGAAGGCAGGCUGCAGCUCACAGCGCACUCACCAGUCACACGUCUGCCAUACCCUGUGUGUGUGUUUGCAUGUGUGCUCAUUUGGUUGGGCUUUUGUGUGUGCAACUUGGUGCCAUCGGCUCUAAGCGAAAACCUUUUUUUUUUCCUGCUCCUGUUCCUGUCCCUGCCCUCUUUGUCUUUAUUUUUUGUACUCCAGGAACUCGGGGGUUCUCGGUUGAGGCAUUUUCUUUUUUAAUCAAACUCAGGCGAACUUGAGGACAAACUGCUGGAAGAUGGUUCGUCUAGCUAAACUUGUAACCCUCCACAUGACGUCACCUACAAAUUCAAAAACCACAAACAGUUUUCUUUUUUCUUCAGGGACAGUCACACAAAGAGUCAUAAAAAAAACAGUGAAUAUUUUUGUACGGUGGCUUCCCGCCUCUCCGAGCAUUACAUGGUCAUUUGAGGUAAAACCGCUGUAAGUGGAGCAUGGAAGGCAGAGACCUAAUUGUACAGUUCGAGCAGGCGUGCAUGCAGAGCCAUGCUGGGGGUUAACUCUGCGGUUUAGUUAUCUUUUUGGGUAACUAUGUUUUUUUUUUUUCCUUUGUGUGGUUGUUCCUCUGUUUUUUGUUUUUUUUACUGGUUCAGGUUUUUGGUGCGACUUUUGGGGUUUGGGAGGAAAAUAAACAACAUGAUGUGAAUGUCAUGCAACCAUCUGAUUCUUUUUCAUCCUUCAGUCUUGUGCUUGAAUAAAGAAAAAACAGACACAACAUCAAAUAGAUACACAAGCGUGUUUAUUUCGGUGAUUUUAAAACCAUGGUUUACAGUUUUAUAGUCAAUAAAUUUCACUUUUUGGCAAAUGAAAUGACACAAAGUAAAAAGUUUGGACUCAUGUGUCCGUCGCUCAUGAAUCCAAAGUUUGGCCAGCUGUGGUGUGGUCUUUGGGUGCUUUAUUUAGGUUGUGCCUCGGUUUGUCCACAAGGAUGAAGGGUGGUGCUGCGUGUUCCCACAGCGUGGUGUGCCGGAUGCUCCCUCUCUUGCUUUUUUGUACUCUUUCGAGUCAUCCCGUGCUUCCCCGGCCAGCCUAACCAAUGUGCAGACUACUGUACAACCACUACUUCCUGAACAGGUAGUCUGAACACUGGGCAGGCGGGCUGGGCGGCUGGAGGAGAAGCUCUGGAAUUUUUUUUUAGAUUCAUUCAUGAACGCUUUGAUUUAUACUCACUGUGAUUCCACUAUCAGACUCUGGAGCUCCUCUGCUGAGCUGCAAAGUGCUGAUCAGGCUUCUUGUUGGGGCUGGAGGAGAAACAGCGUGUCAGGGAUGGAUGACGAGGCCGGCAGGAGGGGGGAGAAGAGGGGGACGAGGAGGGGGGGGAGAGGUUAGAUGGAUGUGAAAGCAGCUUAUUGGUUGAAUUAACAGCUUUCCCUCCUGCUGUGAAAGACAGGAACCCAGACCCUAACUCUGGAGGAAAAAGACAAGAUAACGUUGAUCAUACUGGACACUUGACAUGUCACGAAGAGAUCUUGAGUAUCAAAAAUCUGCCUGAGAGAAUCUCAAUUUGCAGGGUUUAUUUUCCGUAUUUUUUAGGCUUAUUAUCGGUCCCUUUCCUUUUUUUUUCCAAAUUUUUUUACCGUAUUGCCCUCUAGGAUUGUACUAAUUGAGCACAAAUGUAUAAACACACACAGAGAGAGCAAUAGUAUAUCCAGUUUGGAGCAAUUUUGCACAAUGUAAACUUGGUUUGCCCUCGCUGACCUCAGCUCCAAAAGUAAAUAAAUAAAAACCAGAUGUGGAAAAGUUUCUCACUCUUACCCUCUCAUGUUAAAGAUGUUUGUGGAUGAAAAAUCCUAAAUCCAGAAGCCAGGUUUAUGGAUCUUAAGGCCUCUCGAUUAGAAAGUUGUGAUUGAAUAUUUGCGGUCAGCUGAGAUCAAACCAGUUCGAUUCAACAUCUCCUGAUCCUGAAAUAUCUGAAUCGACUAUAUUUUUGGCAUACGCCCAAACUGUUGCUUUCAAAUCUGCUUUAGGAGUCAGUACCUGUGAUAUGACAAUUCCUCUUCUCCUCCGGACAUCAUGUUGUAACAGUGAAUCAUCUUCACCUCUCUUAAGUCUCUGCCUUGACUCGAUUCAUCUCCCCGGUGAGGUUACCAGGCCCAGAGUGUUUCCGUAAAGUUAUCUCUUCUUCUGCGGCUUCCCCCCAGGAGUCAAAAAAGCGACCAAGAUGGACCGGCUGGAGGCUUGACGUGGCAAACAACUGGCCACCAAGUUUCCCCUUCUAGAGACAGAAGAAGAAAAAGAAAGGAGAGAGAGAGGAGAUAUGGAGAGAGGAGGAGGAGGAGGAGCUCUCCGGCCCCCCAUUUUUCCUCUCCUCUCUUCUUCCUCCCUCUUCCCCUCCUCUCUGUCUGGCUUUUUUCCCCUUCCCUCCCCUCCCCUCCCUCCUUUUUUCUGUCAUCUUUUUUUCUCUCUCUGGAUUUUUAGGAGAAAGUGGAAGGUCAAAGGUGAACAGGAAGUUUGGAAAGGGAGUGAAGGAUUGGCUGUAGAGGGAGGGAACUACUUUUAGUGGAAGCGUAUGUUGGUUAGAUUUGAGGACGUCUACGUUUGCGUGCUCACGUGGAGGCUCGUACGUGUUUGGAUGGCCCUUUUUUGCGUCCAGUGACUUAAGAGAGUAUGUGCGGUUUUUCGGGUGAUGGAUGUGUGUGUGUAGGAGUGGGUCUGGAGGAGAGUGGAGGCUCCUCAGUCUUUGUAGCGAGGGCAGGAAUGUCGGCGUUUUCUUGGCAAGCAGGAGGAAACCUUGUAAUAACUCCAGAUGUGCAGCCCUGUGGUCUCCAUCGCUCUCCUGCUCCCUCUGUUUUUACUUCUAAAGCUGAUUUCCUCUCCCUGUCCGAUGUGAAUAAAGAGCCCUUUAUGCUGCCUUCACACACACAUACACACACACAGAUUGGGGAGGGGGGGGCUACUGGUGAAGGGUGACAUACUACUGGUAAAUCAGAACCAGAGCGAAAGACAUAGCGUGUGUGUGUACGCAGAAAAAAUGAAAAGUGCAGUUCAAAGUUGAGACAUAAGUAGUAAAAGUUGCCUCCUUCACCUUCUUCAUUUCACACACGCACACACACACAUUUAGGUGCCUUUCUUACCGCUGGCAGACAGCAGUAAUCACCCCUAGUGUUUCCAGGUGUAUGGAUAUAUGUGUGUGUGUCUUUGUGAGUGUGUGUGUGUGCAGUCGUGUGUUUGUUUUAGCUAUGGUUUCUGAGCUCCAAAUCAAAGCAGGCACAAUCCCAGGAGAGACGAGUCAGCAGUACCGCCGCAGAUGGAGGGAUGUGGAGGGAAAGUAGGAGAGAGGAAAGUGAGGAUGAAAGAAGGAAGCGACUAAAAAAAAAAAAUAAAAAAAGGGAGGGAGGGAGAAAAGGGGGACUGAAAUGAUUCCCAGUGAGCAGGACAGAAAGAAAAGAAAUGAAAAAUGUAGCUGAGAAAGAAGCCAGAAAAGAGGAUGAAGGAAAUCAAUCCUCAUUAUUGUUGCAGUGAAGUUCGGGGUUCAGGGAUUGGAAGGAGUGAAUUCUAAUGGGUGGGUGGGGAGGGAGGGAGGGCGCUGCGGUCGCACCAACAUUGUUUCCACUGUUUGGAUGACCAGGCAGGCAAACUCUUAGUCAGAAAAGACAGGGAAACUAAGGAAGUAUGCACACAUAUUUCCAAACACUUUCAGUAUUUUUGCAAAAAUCCCAGAGUUUCUGUUUCUUUAGUCGUUGAAUUUCAAACUCAGACAGAUUUCAUAACUAUACCUCUAUGUUUUUCUUUUGUAAUACUUGUGAACCCAAGGUGUGGAUUAAUACAAAAAUGUGUGUAAAAUCAAAGCCAAACCCACAAAUUCAACCACCAAGCCGUGAACCACUUCAUGUCAUGCAAGUGUCAUCAGUCGGCUUACAGUAGCCGUGAGAUAGCAUGUCAGUCCUUCAUUACAAUGUUUGGAUAACACAAGUGUCAACCACAUAAUGACCUGGUGUUAUUUACUCCAUUCCUUAUGAUAUAAAGUCAUUAUUUGUUGCCAAGGAAAACCGAGAAACUGUCCAACAUAUUGCAUAGUGCUGUGAUCAGCGGGCAUUAUUAUUCUUAAUUAAAGCUCAUGUCAGGAACUUUAAGUUUAAGUUUGUUAUGGCGCCCCCUAUGGAGAAAGGCAUACCUAACUUUUUCUGCUGAUUUUACCCGUCUGUCAGAGUUUAACACCUCACUCACUCAGUACGUUGACAUGACACUUGAGAAACUGAAUUAUUGCCUUACUCAGAUUAAGACCAGACAAAAACACCAGAGAAGACGAGUAGCGUGCAUCUUAUCUGCAGUAAAAGUAGCGUGUACAUCAUGUACAACAAAAACAACAAUGUACGAUGCUCCAUCUUCUUGCUCGUAAAUGCCCAGCAGCAGUUGUAGCCACUUCUGAUGUCCGGCACGCAAUACUUUAUUUUUGUAGGAUGGUAGGAUAAAGUCCCGCCUCCUUCGCCUCUGAUUGGCUAGAAAAGCUGGAAACGUCAUCACACGCUCAAACCAAACGCGGGUUGUCGGCUCUGUACAUCAAACAGAACAUUACAGAACAUUAUCGCACUUCUAAAUCUCCUAACCCCAACCCUCAUCCUAAUCCCAGCCCUAACCCUUUCCCUAGCCCUAACCGGACAGAUGAUGACGUUUCACAGUCAUUAGGAAUAACCAAUCGGAGCCCAGCACUUAUAGCCUAUCAGAGGCGAAGGAAGGCGGGACCUACCAUCCUACAAAAAAUAUUUUGCGUCCGGAACAGACCCACUGUUGUUGUUGACAGUUGUAUGGGGUCAGAAACAGCCCCGCUGAAAAGACCUAUAUCGCCCCCUAGUUUUGGGGAGGAGGACACGUUCACACCAAUAAUUUAAUUUUCUCAGCUGCACGUAUACGCGUACAAGGGGAAAAGUCCGACUCUUAAUUGCCUCCUAUGACACCUACCCAUGUCGGCCUUUUCAGUCAUAUAAACAACAACAGUUAAUCAGUCUAAAAUAGUCUUGUUUGUUUUUGUUGGUCAUGUAAAGCCAUAAGUUUAUAUUUCAGUCAAUUUAAUAACCACAUUUAAACUUCUUACAGGAGCUUUAACUAAACGUGACUACUGUAAAAGUUGGAUGAUUGUAAAGAAUCAAAAUAAAAAGAAAGGCUGUUAAACUCAUUGAACUGUGGCUCAUCUAAACAAUUUAAAUACAAUUUGUCGAGCCAGUGGUGAAACUUUUACGUUUUAUAUGUAGGAAACUGGUUACAAGAUAAAUUUGCAGUGUCACGAGUGGACCAGGUUCUGCCAAAGACUUUUAAAAACACAUUCUGGCUUUAGUCUGAUAUUUAAAUUUAUGUGAACACAUUGAAAACACACCGUUAUAAAUAAAAAGACCUGGCCUAGUUAUCUCCCCUGCUAUUUGGAUGAUUUUAAGGAAAAUAUGACAGAGGGGUAGAGAGCAGUGAUAACAAGUCCUCUAAUAUAAUAAAGCUGUCUCUACACUGACCCUAACAGGCAAUAUUUCUGUAAGAUAAACCUCUACAUGGACUAUUUGUGGGUAUGUAAUGCCCAGGUUUACUUGAACUGACUGGUUAGCAUCGAUUAGAACAGGUUCUUGAGUUUCUUUUGUCAGAGAGCUGAAGUUACAAACAAAUUGGCCACUUGAAAGAUCAGAAUUAAAGAUUGAAGUUGAAAAUGUAAGCAGAAGAGAGUAAACUUGACGAGAUGCGAAAACAUUUAGAAAAAAAUUAUAAAUAAGGAAAAAUAAAUGGCAAAGCAGAGGGCCUUGUUAAAUAAAAUAUUUGUAAUAUUUCUGUGUAAGGAAGAAUAAAAAUGGGAAAUUAAGGACUGUAAAAGAAACAAGAGUCGACUGUGGGCCAUGUCGUGUCAGAGGGAGCAGAGGACGUACACAGGCUGGUCUGUGGAUUAUUAAACAUUUACCCUGCCUGACUGAUGAGAUAAACCAAGAAUGUACUGGAUGUUGUUCUUCCUAUAAAUUAUAUUUCCCUCUUUGUUGUUGUUCAGAACAUGAUGUCUAUUAAAAAGAAAAGAACAAAGCCUAGGAAAGGACCUAAAAUGAUACAGACCAGAUAAGAGGAAAAACACACUUGUGCGCAUAAGAUCUCUCGGCAUGUCGUAAACUAACUGCACAUGAUUGCCUGUUUGAGUUUUAAUUUGGAUGUGUGUGUGAGACUCCUCAGACUCUCUGUGUCCUUUGAAAGAGAACUGACAGACAUGAAAAGACAACAGAAAAAAUAUAAGGCUUUUUUUUUCCUCGUAAAAGCUAGAUUCAACAUCUCCUGAUCCUGAAACAUCUUAAUCUAAGCUACUUUAUGAAUGACUCUCACAUGAGUCAAUGAUUGAGAAACAGUUGAAUAUUUGACCUUUAACAUUUAUGGGAGAUUUUUCUGCCCAUAAAAUUUUUUAAGAGUAGAUUUACUGUAAAUGUGUGUUAAAAAAAAAAAAAGAAAAACUCCAUCUCCACCCUUGGACUUGCCCACCAUUGGCACAGUCAUGCCAUAAAAAUACACUCAGUCCAAACACACCCUCUUUGUAGUACACAGAAGUUAUAUUUAGGAGUGAAAAUAUUGAAUUAUGUCAGUCACUUUCCUAUAAAAAAGUACUUCAACAUUUAAUUUAGGUCUUACCGUAGAUUACUUGUGCAGUUUUGAUGAUGAAAUGACUGUAAUAUGUUUGAAUAUCGAGGACUUGUGUUAGGAUUACGCCAUCCUCCUACAACUGUUUGAGUGUUAGUACAACAAUAAUAGCUGUACAUUAAACCCCUGACUGACUAUGAUCUCAACCGUCACACAUAAAAGUCAUUUUACAGAGAAGUGAAAGUAAGUACUAACUCUGGCUUGAUUUAAGUGCUAUAUUUAAAACAUUACCUAACUUAAAACAUACAGGUUUUAACACACAGGUAGGUGAUGAGAAUCUAGAGGCAAAGCGCACAUAUCGAGACCGUUCUUACUCUGUGUUUGCCGGCUCGUACCUGCCAGUUUAGGAUACCCAGGUGGUGCUGUGCCUGAGGUUGUGGCUCAUUAGCAGCUGAGUCAUGCUUAGUCUGGUCGGCUGCUGGUCUUUUGUUAGAAUUUUUUUCCAUUUUUGGAGAAGGUAGGCUGCUCGUUUUCAGCACAACCUUCUGAUAUAUCGGUGUUUUUAAUUGAAAGAUGACCACAGUUUAAACUCUUUAUGAUAUACGGUUUUAUUUUGACUGAAGCAAUGCUUGUUGUUUACACCAACAAGUAAUGUUGGUGUAAACAGCUUCACAGCUUCACAUUACAGUUUCAUGUACAAUUAAACAUAAUAUAGACAAAAGUUCAGCUGUAUGUUCUCAUACAUAGUUUUGAUAGUUACAGACAUCUUUUAAAUGUUGACAAGGAUGUACAUAAUUUAUAUUCUUCAUCAAGUCCAUUCCCUGACUUUACACCAAUAACAGAAACACAUCUGGAUUUAACAUUUGUUCUUACCUUACUAUAUAUCAAAAUGAUCCAAACCUUUUAAAUCAUAAUUCCUAACUCUUAGUUUAAAGAAGUUCUUAAUACUUUUUGAAAUUACAUUGUUUUUAACUUUGUAAAGAAUCUCUAAUAUUUUAAUAUCAACAAUAUCUCUCAGCUUUAAUAAGAAUAAACAAAUUAUCAGUUGGUUCACAAUAUCCUACCUUAUUCACUAUUCUUAUAGCCAUUUUUUGUCAUUUAAAUAAAGAGUCAAUUCACUUUAAAAGUAUGAAAAUUGUAUUAACUUACAAAGCAACAUGUAAUCCUCAAUCCUUUAAAAGUCAUUGUCACUACAAAUGUUGUCAAAUUUAAGUACGUAUAGUUUUGAUAAUUGAGAUUUAAAAGUUUAGAUUUGUUCCUAUAAAGUUCCCUGCUCUUGUUCCACCAGUUUGACCACAGCUAUAUCUCUCCGUCAGACAACAGUUGUAAGACCUGUGGGGAUUUUCACGUGUUUAUGUUGUCAGCAGCCCCCUCCUCCCGUCUUCUUUUCCUCUGUGGUGGUCAGCAGUGAUUGAUCACAUGUCCCAGCUCGCCCCCUGGGUUGUUACACUGACCCUCUGCAGAAGUAAAACACCGAGCAGAUAAUUAACUGCUCAGCAAUUAGCCGCUAAACAGGAAGGUAUCACUGACCUGCCAGGAUACUUGACAGGACUGCAGGCUGAAUGUGUCAUUGUCAUGUGGACACCGCGUUUCCUUUUUGUGUGUUUAUUUGUGUUGUUCCCACAGGAAGUGCUAAACAGAGCGCACUAACUGUUGCUGUUUCAGAGUCGGAUGAGACUGUCAGUGUCAGGCGAGUUUAACCUCCUAAAGAAAAACAUUUCAUCUGUUAAAGUCCAAAUUUUAUGGUGAGAAUUUAUGAUUUUGUUUGUGUGAAAGUCAUUAUUUGAUGAGCAGGUAAAACUUUUUGGAGCUACUUGAGUGAUUAGUACCUCCAUUAAUUAACAAAAUACCGAGAGUGCCGGCUCUGGCCUGAGGUCAUUUGUUAUGGACACAACUGCUCAACCUUGUAGCUUAAUGGGUCACCAACAGCUGUGCGUUUUUACACUUUGCACCAGAAGGAACUUUCUGUCCUAAAUUAUAAUCCUCUCAGUUAAACUUUUGCUGAUCCUGAUUUUUAUUGUGCCAACAUGUGGUUUUACUUUAAAAACCUCCAAAUGACAUUAAGUGAAGUUAAGUUUCUCAGAUGCUGCUUUUCAAAGAACCCUGUUACUCACAGGCCAAACAGAUUUUUUUUGCAUGCGUUAGUGGGAUUUUAAAUUAAAUGUAGACUCAGCAAUAUCUGCCACUUGUUAAGAAGCACGAUAAAAGCUCUGUUGAACUUCAUUGAAGUGUUUAGACGCUAAACAAGCUUUCCACAUUUCCUCUAAACCCAGCUAAUGCCAUCCUUUUUAAUGUCUUUCCCUCUCCUCACCGUGUAAGAAUCACAGAAAUGUUCUGUGUUUCAUUUUUUUCUUUAAAGACGGCGCUCAAUAGGCCAAUGGUAGAAGAAUGAAGGGAAAGAAAAACGAAGGGAGGUGAGGAGGAGGGUUGUGAAAAUUGCCAUUGGCUGCCACCCAGGGCCCAGUCUUUGUGGUAAUGAAGGGUUAGAGGCAACGUUAUUGCUCCCAGAUGCCGUGCGGCUUCUCCGCAGCCCUUUGAUGCAUGGCCCAAGUCACCAGGACUUUUCUAUCAGGCUCCCUUCAACGUAUAUGCGCACACAUACGCACACAGUCGCAGAUAUAGAGUCUCUUAAAACAACAUGGAUGCCAUAAAAACUAUCUUCCUGGUUUAGCCAAUCAAACUGCUCCGAUUCGUUACAAAGUGCUAAUUUGAUACGGUUUGUGUAGUGCCCCUAACAGUCCGUGUGUUUUUUGGUGUUUACACAUGCUGUAGCUUUUUAGUGAUUGGUGUGCGUGUCAAAGCCACUUCUGAUCCAGGUUUCGACAGAGUGUGCGAGUCUGUGAGGCUUUUUAUUGGACGGUAUGUAGAGCGGUGAAGUGCCUUUAUGAAUCCAGAAGUGAACUUCCUCUGGCUUUUCAUAAUGAGGCGGCUAUUACUCACAAGCAAAACAAAACCAUGGAAAGUACUUUGCUCCAAACGCCACAGGUUGAAUACACACCAAGAGCACUAGGUGUGUAUGUGUGUGAGAAAGAUGUUGGCUAAAAAAGAACCUCAUUCUAAGUAAUGUUAUGCAUGGAUAGAAUUAAUUGAGAAAAGACAGAGCAGGUAACCUUAAAAGGUAUUAGUAACGCUAUCCCAGUUAAAAAGGCCAGAUAACGGACAUCACGGGUAGCUGUCAGACGUUUCUUCUGAUCGACUUGGAUUUUGUUGUUUUUUGAAACUCCUUCUGAGGAUUUUUUUUGUCCUCUCAUCAAAGAGACUGAAAUUAAUAUUGAUGCCCCCAACAGACCAUCAACAAAGACUGGCCAUCUUUAUAUAGUCAUUCAUAUGCAGCGUUCCAGUUACCUCGGACGUCGGACGUCAGAGCUGGGAAUGACGCUACACCCAAGUUGAUGGUGUUACAGUUAACAACUUGGAAAACCAAGAUGGACGCCUACAGUUACCCGUUGUUAGCUGUUGUUUUCAAUUGUCAGCUGUCGUUAGCCGUUGGAAGCGGUUGUUAGUUGUUGUUAGCUAUACUAGUUGUAAACAACACACAAAACAGUAUUUCACUCUUACAAACACCAUAGCACCGUGUUCACAGUUAGACGUUGGGCAGUAAAACAUCAACCACUUAUUUAAUUUCACAGAAACAAAACAAAAGUACUAAUGAAUAAUACAUUACAAGAGCUUUCACUGUUACUCUUUACUGUUGAUGCAGUGCGCUGCCAUCUUGAAUUAUGACGUUGUCGUCAAGUUGGGGUUGGCGAGGAUCGUCUGACUUACCGAGUCAGAAAUCCGACUUCAAGGGGGUGUUUUUGAUGAAUUUUGGACUCUGAGCUCAGAAAUACCGACUUCCAAGUACAACUGGAACGCAGCAUUAAUUAACAGUCGGCAGGAGUAGAAUUAGGUUUAAACUAAUUUGUUGCAAUCAGUAACUUUAAGACGCACUUGCCCGCUCUGCCGCUGCUGUUGCCUGGAUUGCAGGACAGGAUCUGGCUCCACUUUGAAUAUUAGAGAUGGUUUGGGUCCAGCAGCCCUCUGGCUGCUUUCAUACCAUGAAUUUUAGACUAUUUUGGAGCAGACCAAAGCCGUUACCACAAGGACUGUUGAAAACCUCCUCUAUAAAGAGAUUAAAUUAUUGACUUUGCCCCACAGGGAUCAAUAAAGUUCUUUCUUUUCUACCGUUUUAAGUAUCUCCUGUAAUCUAAAGGAGUUCGGGUCAAGAGUUAGGGUUAGAUUUAAGUCACAGAAAAAAAGUGAUUUAACUAUCAUGGACCCACACUUGAUUGGUGGAGUGUUCACAAAGAACUGACUUCAUUAAAAGUAAAACGCUGCAGAUUAGGAUCAAAUAUAGUGUGUGCUGCGUACACAUGUAACUCAUAUAGCUUAUGCAUGACAUGUGUGCAUCAGAGUGUUUGUUUUCUCUUGAGUCUGUGUGUGUGUGUGUGUGUGUUUAAUGUCUGAGAUUUGUACGUUGGCCCGCUGUAGCUGCCUGGCUUUUAUGGGAGCAUAUGUGAAAGCACUCAAUUCCCAGAGACUUCUCUCAACACUACUACACACAAGUAUAACACGCACACAAACACGCAAGAUUGGCUGAUUGACAGACAGGAAACAUGCUGAUGGGCUGACAGAUGCGGGCAACCUGUAUGUGAUAAAACCUGCGUGAAAAUGUGUUGUUUUCUUUUGCGACAAAUUGUGAAAAAAAUCACAUUUCCUCAUUUUCAGACACAUUUUGAAAUCACAACUAGCUUAGAUGUUGAUCGUACUGAUCAGUUUUUGUUACUUUUGUUGAAUUUCGCCGUUUCGUUCCAGGUUUACUUCACUGUCCCUGUACUUUCCCCACAUCAUGCACACACUCACCCCCCCAAUCCUCCCCUCCUUUCCAACUCUCCUGACUGGAUUUACUGGCCAGAGGAGAGGAAAAUGUAUGAAUCAGUCCAAGGUUGCUCACUCCCAGGGAGAGGGAAAGCCAGAGAGCGAGGGAACAAGGGGAAAGAAGAAAAAAAAAAAGAUGAAGAAAAGAAGGAGAAAGUUAAAGAUAGAGAAGAGGCGAAUAAACUUAGAGACGCAGGACGGAGACUUCUCUGCCCUUACCACCACUUUAAAUGAUGAUGUCAGCGUUUAGCAGACUGGAGCGACUGCAUGUUUAGUUUUUAAGUUUUUAUAAAGUGGACACCUGGGUGUGCUGUUGCUGCCAAAUGUGUGUGUGUUUACGUGCAAGUGUGUGUAAAAAAAGAGGGAGAGUUUUACAUGCAUUUAGGGGAUACGACCAUUUGGCUGCACAGGUCGUAAAUCCUUUGAUGAAGGAGUUUGGUCUCACACACACACACACAACCCCCUGUCUCGCUGCGUUUCUCUGUUACACACACACAAAAACUCUGUUCCUUUCAUACACACAGAGACACACAGUCGUAUACACACUGUGUCAUACACUCAUACACACUGGGUUGGGCAGGGCAGGCCCGUGGUUAGCCAUCCAGAUGGUUUUAAGGUUAGUUAGAGACUAUGCUCAAAGGUGCUGUUUGCAACCAGAGUAGUGUGUUUACGUGUGUGUGUGUGUGUGUGUGUGUGUGUGUGUGUGCGUAAACUCGCUCACCCUGUACUAUUUUUGGCUCCUCUUUAUUUUUAAAUAGCAGUUUUAUUGUCUUUGUAAAACAUUCACACACAUCCAAAUGCAUCCUGGGUAAAGAAACUUCACUUUGAAACAAUAGGCUUUGAGGAGUUAAACCGCAACAUAUGCGUGUGCGUGUUUAUAAGGGUGAGUGUUUUUGUGUGUAUGUGUCAAGAGAGCGAGAGAUGCUGCGAAAGAGAGGGAGAGCACACGCUGGCAUGAGUGCCUGAGCUGACUAACUUUGAGGUGCUCUGAUUCAUAAAUAGUUGGAUGUCUGGAUGUCAUAUGUUGGAUGUCGUUUACAAGUACAAGAGGGUUUUUACACAAGAACGCAUCAUUCUCUCUCUCUGUCUCUGUCUGUCUCUCUCUUUACCUCUCCUAUUCCCCUCUCUCUCUUUCUCUCUCUCUCUUUAGUGUGUGUUUCUCAUUUGUUGCUCGCCCCCCCUUUUUUGUAGUCUGCACAACUGUAAUCAAAACCACAGACUUCAGAUUGGGUACAACUUUCCCAUUCCUCCUCUCCUCUCAUUUUGUCUGCUAUUAAUAUUUCUUUUGAGCGCUUACUGAAACUUCACAUCCUCAAUCUUUUCUAUAUCUUUUCAUGUAGGCACUCUGAUCGUUUCCCAUACUACCACUAAUGCUGCAGAGCAUUUAAACAUCAAAAACAUAAACUACAAAUAAACCGGAUCAGCUCUAAAUGAUAUACUGUACAUUGUGCCAGUACAAAUACUGUGAGGCUAUUUCACAGUUAUUCCUUUUCCACUGAGAGAAAGUCAGUCUCUCUUUUUUCCUUUUCUCCCUUUCAAGCAUAUAACCGCUGUGUCUCUCUGUCGCCCUCUGCAGGAGAAAGAGAAGAAGUACAUGCUGCAGGUGGACAAUCUGAAGCUGCGAGACGUGGAGAAAGGCUUCAUGUCCAGCAAGCACAUCUUUGCCCUCUUCAACACUGAACAAAGGUUAAAAAAAGGAAGAAAAUAUUGAUUGAAAUUGGACUGCAGUUGCUUUCUUUCUGCAUGAAAAUACAUUUAGACAGACACAACUACAGAUUUAUUAUAAUUAUUAGAAUAUGGUUGUUUUCAACCACUGGUGUAAAGAAAAAAUAGCUGAAAACUUUUUGGUAAAACUAUAACACAUUAAACUUCAUUAACUUUUUCUCUUUUCACAGGAAUGUGUACAAAGACUACCGUCAGCUUGAGCUGGCCUGUGAGAGUCAGGAAGAUGUGGAUGCCUGGAAGGCCUCCUUCCUCAGAGCCGGAGUUUACCCUGAACGUGUCGUGGUACGAUUGUGUACAGAUCUUUUUCUGCAUAUUGUUUUAAGUCAAGCGUGAGAAAAUAAAAUUAUAGCAGGUAAAUAUUCUCUAUUGAUGGUUAAGUUGAUUAAAAAAAAUAUUUAAAAAUCUUGGCUUUUCUACAAAAAGUUGACUCUGAUAUCUCAUAUAUGAGUUUUCUGUAUUGUUUUAAGUGUAUUUGGAGUUUGUUUGAAUGUUGUUAAGUCUCUUAUGUGAUGCUGUAUCUGUCUGAUUUCAAUGUUUCAAUCUUCAUCACUGUCUCACCUUAAAGGAUAAGGAAGGAAAGGUAUGUCUUCAUCCUACUUGUGCUUUUAAUUCAUCUGUCGGUUUUUACUUGUGAAGAUUUAUGUGUUUCAAAUUGUGGCGCUUAAAUCUUGUUUGAAAAUAUUGAGUCUAUUGUCUUUCUAAACUCUCUGCGCUUUGCUCGCCACAGAGUGAAGGCGCUGAUGAGAACGGCUCCGACAACUUAAUGCACAGCAUGGACCCUCAGCUGGAGCGACAAGUCGAGACCAUCCGCAACCUGGUUGACUCCUACAUGGCCAUUGUCAACAAGACCGUCCGUGACCUGAUGCCGAAGACCAUCAUGCACCUAAUGAUUAAUAAUGUGAGUCGUUUGACAGAUUUAUGCGUUUUUUCUGUGACGUCUCAGGAUAGGAAGUGACAAUACGAUCAAGAAAACCGACAGAAAUCGAAUAAAUCAGAACAGAGGUAUCAUCUCGGGAUUACUGAGCAAAUACUAAAAUCUGAACGGGGAAAAACACAUCGGGUUAUAUCUUCACUAAAGCGAAAUAUUUGAUCAUUUUAUAAACACAUUCAAGCACUUCCUAUUUACAUGAACUCCUAACUUACAACAGCUUUGAGUGUGCCUCUAGGUUAGAAAUUUACUACCUGGCAAAGAUAACGUAAGCUAACAUAAUUCAAGCUACUCUCAUGCAUACACAGUUUUAUUUAACCUUUAUUUAACCAGGUAAGAACCCGUUGAGAUCAAGAUCUCAUUUACAAGGGUGACCUGGCCAAGAGGUCGGCAGCACACAUCACAAUAAUAAAUAAUAAUACAGAAGACGAAAAUGACCUCUAGAAACAUAAUUAAAAACACAGGCACUGUUCCAUGUUCUCCCAAAGUCUGUCAUGUAAGAUUGAACAAAAUGCUCCCAGCGAAAUUAAUUCAGACAAUUUCAGGUCAGUCUGUAGGAUAUUUCAUAUGGAAGUGGCAGCAAAACUGAACGCUUUUUCUGCAGUUAGCUGGCAAGUUUUUAGCAUUUUCAGCUUGGAGUCCUUGUUCUGAGUUUUUGAUGGCUGUACAUCGGUCAGUUUGACUCUUACAAAAAAAAGGAAGCUUCUCCUCAUUUUUGCCAAAAGUUGCAAAUUCUUGGUGGAUUAAUAUUGGACCACUCUAAACAUCGAAGUAACCAAUAGUGCUCUAAUGUUCAGCUCACUAAUAACUCUUGUUAAAAUUUUGGCAUUCAGAUUAAAAAAAAAAAAGAGAUUGAUUGAUUAAAACUAAAAAUAAAUGUCAUCUCCUGGCUCGUCAUACUGAUGUAAAAAAGUAAACUCAUUUAAAAGCACUUAUUAACACCUUAACCAUAUUCUACAACUAAUAAGCUGUAACAAUUUGUUUUUCUUCAAUAACCUCCUAAAUAACGCUCAAUAAAAGCAAGUAAGAAGGUUGUUGGAAGUUGAUAACUAUCUUCAAGGUUCCCAAGUUAGUAUCUGAUAAAUCAUCAUCACCGCAAUGAUUUAUAAGCAACUUAAAGGAUAAAUAACAUCUGGCCACAAUCUGGUAUCACUUUGUACUGGGGAACACAUGUGAACUAUUAAUUAGUAUGUAUAUUAAUAGGAUGUUAGGCUUUGAUCACUCAUUAUAGAGCACUCAACACCAUGUUCUGCAUAUAAAUUUUACACUGUAAAGAAGGGAGAGUGACUACUUUGUGAUUUAACUGCUUUUUAGCAUUUUAACAGAGCAGCAAAACAUUAAGGCAGCAUUUGAUAACAGCCUCCCUCCCACCCUGAAUGUGGUAUCAGAACAAAAUAAUAAUAAUAACCGUGUGAGACACAGCAUUAAUCAAAUUACUUCCCCUCCCUUGUUGUCUAGACUAAAGAGUUCAUAAACGCUGACCUGUUGGCCCAGCUGUACUCGUGUGGCGACCAGAACACUCUGAUGGAGGAGUCCCAGGAGCAGGCCCAGCACCGGGAUGAGAUGCUGAGGAUGUACUUUGCUCUGAAGGAGGCCCUCAGCAUCAUUGGCGACAUCAGCACAUCCACCGUGAGCACGUCCAUGCCGCCUCCAGUGGACGACUCCUGGCUGCAAGUGCAGCGUGGCGGUUCAGGAGGAAGGUAAUGUACGAGGAGGAUCGGCAGGGGAAGGCAUUAGCCUGGAUCACAAGUUUUACUGCAGUACUGUUGAUACUUGAUAACAAUGGGAUUUCAUAAACAUUGUAAAGACUUGACAAAUCCCAAGCCUUGUUUUUGAUUUGUAUUUCAAAGUCAUUUGCUCUUAAAGUUUUGCCCUUUUAUAGGUGAUGGAUAGAAUAGACAGAGAACAUAUAUCUUUUUAUUUCUACUUUUAUUUAUUUGGUUUUUAUUCCACUACCACUCUACCUCCAGAGAGUGCAAUAUUACUCACCAUGCUGCUAUUUUACCCUUAGUUUUUAUUGUUUUUAUUUCUUUAUAUAUAUUAAAUUAAACACCAUCAUGCUAUGAUAUGGAAGCCAAGCAACAACAUUUCUUUGCAGAGAGAAAUCACUGCUGUGUUUUAUUCUGUGCAAUGACAAAUAAAGAAAUUCUAAGUCUAAGACAGGGUUGAUGGGUAGGUUGAGCCUCCUGGUUGUCUGAGAAUUCAUUAUUUGCCAUGUAGGAGAAAGAAUUGCUGUAAAAUAGGUGUGUUUGAUUUGAUUAUGAGGAGAAACGGUGUUCAGGCCAUCAAGUUGAGGGGAAAAAUCUCAGAAAUCAUCUAAUCAUCUACACCAGACCUGGGCAUUUUACAGCCCGAGGGCCACAUUGGCCCUUCGUGAGAUCCGUCAAUCAAAUCAUCAAUACGCUAUACAAGUGUGUUGCUUUUAUUUUGAAAACCUAGCCGUUGUUUUAUUUCCGUUUGGAAGCACGUAUGUACAUCCUAGAUCUGCAUUUGUGAACAGAGACAAGUUUAAACAUCGGCAAAAUAUUCGUAGAUGCCUUAUAGUUGCCAAGUCCACUUAUUAUAAAAGACUUGAAGCUUGUUUCGCUCAGAAGUUGCUUGUAAAACUCGUGAGUCGCAGGUGUGCAUUUUUUGGCUUGUUUUUAACUAGUAGUUGCUUAUUUGGGUUUGCUUCUCUGGAUGUGGGAACCGCCCUGAUUUGAAGUUGAAGUUAUUGUUGGUUCGGCCCUCCAACACACCUCAGGUUUCUCAUGUGGCCCCAUGUGAAAAUGAAUUGCCCACCCCUGAUCAACACUAGAUUAUUCCACUCAGCUUCUCCUUCUCCUUCUCCUUUAGGUCCCCGGCCACCAGUCCUACUCCAAACCGCCGGGCUCCACCGGGACCACCAGGUCGCCCAGUCUCUCGUGGACCCCCACCUGGGCCUCCUCCUGCUGGGGGACCCCCUGUACCCUCCCGUCCAGGGGCUUCUCCUGACCCUUACGGCGGGCCGCCACCCACUGUUCCCUCUCGGCCUAACCGUGCACCUCCAAGUGUCCCCAGGUGAGUUGCAACAUGGGUCAAAUAUCAACCGAACCUACAAGGACUUAAAAAUCCAAACCACAGCUUAUUAUCUUAAAUAUUAGACCACAUAUCCAAGCUGAAGUCUGGGUAUUUCUGUUACUAAGGGGGAUGUGAAGAAACACCCGGAUGAGGGGAUACAGGAGGUAAAUGUCAGUGAGAGAAAACUGGUUGUGAUAGAUUCUAGAUUGAUAGAAGAAUAGAUUGAUAGUGACUCCCAAAAUAGACGGAUAGACUGUAAUGUAACUCAUAAAUCUUGGACUAAAUUUCCUCACUUUGGUUUGGGGAAAAAACCUGCUCCUACCUUUUUGCCACCACUUUUAACCAUCCAACAUGCUGUCGAACAUCACCGACGGUAGCUACGACUCCAUUUAUCGCUUAUUGCACUCACUCCACCGCUGUCCUCUUGUGACUUAGAUAUUUGUGACACUGUAUUGAGCACAAGCGCACAAAAAAAGUGGCUUCUCUGUCCUCCAUUUAUAUCUGCCUUCACUCCUUUUAAGUGUGCUUCGUACUUGCCUGUAUCUGUGUGCUAGCGAACUUUUCCCGGGUCCACCGUCAGAGUAGCAGCUCGGCUCUUCUAACAGGAGAGACUCUAACGCUGCUGAGUACAGCCCUCACUGUUCAUUCUCAGAUCCUAAAAUCCUCUUAAUGUAUUUUUUUUUUAAUGUAUCACAAAUGAAUCAGUGAGAGCUGAGCACAUGUGGCAUUGGUCUUUUCCUGCUCUGUAACUGUUGCACAUCUUUUCUCUCCUCCUCCUCUUCAUCUCUCUUUUCCUCAUCACACCUCUGUCCCACACAUAACCACGGUUUCUUCUACAGAAUCACAAUCACUAACCAAUGAGGACUAACUUUUUCCGGUAUGUCAGGGUACUGUCCGUCUUCAUCAUCAUCAUCUUCAGCAUCAGCUGCAUGCUGUUUUUCUUUUUCUUAAUUUUCUUUCCUCCUUUCAGAUUGCUGCAUGAGCAAACACACACCCUACUCAGGGGUCGUGUGUGUUUGCAUCAGUGUUAAGUCUUUUGGGGUUAAUGCUAAUUUUCAGUGAAAUAGUAUAAGUAAGUGAAAUGAACAAGGGUUUUUUCUUAUGUUACAGUAGCAAAGGUUCAAUCUAAACAACCAAAAUCUUGGUAUUGUUGUUGUUAUGUGAGUGUUGUAAGUAAUGUAUGAGGGCCAUGACAGCUAACCUGGAACAGAUGUUGUCUUUUUAAAGGUUCAGUGUGUAGAAAAGGGAAUAUUUUGUGAUAUCUUGAAAUCGCCCGUUGAUCAUCCAGUGGCGAUGGUGGCCGUCAAAGAAAGGAAGCUGUUUUGAUGCAUGAUUAGUAUGUUCCUACAUUUGUCAAGAUAUCAAAAUAUCAAUCAGUACAAGUUCUUUUCUGGAUAACAACAACCACUUUCUUCUUCUUCUACUGAUUCGUCCUUUACUCAGUGCAUUUAAAACAGCAGCUCACUAAAUACAAAAACACUGAAGGCAGUUACGAGGCGCCGUGAAAGGGGACUCACUUCUUGUGUAUUCUUAAAAGUCUCAUAAGUCAACAAAAAAAAACAACAUUUGUAGUCAGAUAAUACAUGCUAUGACGGAGUAUUAGGGCCACAUUAAGAAAAAAAAUUAGACUUUGAGAUUAAAGUCGUUAAUUUAUAAGAAUAAAGUCAUUACUAACCAGAAUAAUAGUAAAGUAAUCACUAACAAGAAUAAAGGUGUACUGAAAGUAUUACUUGCGAGAAUAAAGUCGUAAUCGAAUCAUUAUGAUACUUAUGAUGAUGUGGUGCUGAUGUGCCAAAAGAUCCUUGUUUGAGAAACUUAUAUUGAAGUAAAUUUUCACAGAAUGUUCCAUGGCUCUCUUUUUAACAACUGUCAUCUUAAAUAAGAGGUUAGAAUAUUAGGACUUUAUUUUUACUUUACUCUCGUAAGUGAUAACUUAACUACGACUUUAUUCUUGUAAUGAUUUUGUCACAACAAUUACGACGUCUUUUUUUUUCUUCUUAAUUUGGCCCAAAUAUUUAGUUGUAACAUGCUAAUUUAAACAUAUUUAUAAAUUAUUUUCAAUUUAUACCAAGUCUCUUUUGUUAAAUGCUACUAAAUACUUCUCAUGGCACCUUUGAGUUAUGCUAGAUGUAGGAAAUGUGCAGGCAGCAGCCAAACUAUUUUGACAUACCAGAAAACUUAGCUUUACAUGCCUCUAAAGAUAUGAAACAAAGAGUAAAAGGAGAAUAAACAUUUAAAAACAGGGAGAAAGUUACCCACAUAGGUUUUUCUGGCAGGACUAUUGUGCUUAUUUGAAGAGUUGCAUAAAUUCAUUGAUUGUAACUUGAUUGUAAAGAAACUAUGCAGCUAUUGUCAGUUAGUUAGCUUUGGACUGGCUAGUACUAUCUCAGGCCUUUUUUUAAAAAUCUUGAAUGGGGCCUUUAAGGAUAUUUAAGUUUAAACCCUUAACUGUCAUUUAACAUUAUAACCAUUUGACUCCUUAUUAAGGUUAGUUUGACAGAGGUUGUAUGUCUUAUGCGUCCGUUCAUACAGCAGAAGAAAUCACAAGGAUAUGGAGGAUAUGAAUAUGGAGUAGAGCUGUUAAAAUUGGCCUAACAGCAAACAUACAUUACCUGUAUUCUGGACAUGUUAAUGAAGUGCAACAUCUCUGCGAUGUUCAUUAUGUUCUUGCGUGUCCUCCCAUGUGUGAUCUCAUAACAAAGGUGGUUGUCUGUGUGAGUUUGACUUUGUGAAUUGUAUUGACUCAAGGAGCAUUUAGAUAAAGUGUAAGUAUAAACCUUAACCUGAUGUUUAAAAGAAAAAUGCAAAAACUGCUCACAUCUUCUUUGCGAUCUGUUUGUCUUUGUGUGUUUAUGGCAGUCGGAGACCCCCACCUUCUCCAACCCACUAGACCUCUGACCUCCUUCCUCUCCCGUCCAUUCCUUCGUCUAUUUAUCCGAGAGGCCACGGACAACAGUGCCACCUUCCCUUCAUCCUCUGCCACGCUUAUCCUGAGCUGGCUCUCUUCUUCUGCCCCUUUACAACAAGCCAUCUCUCUCUCUCUCUCUCUCUCUCUCUCUCUCUCUCUCUCUCUCUCUCUCUCUCUCUCUCUCUUUCCCAGUCCCCUCCCAAACACCACUGUACGCACACACACAAACACGCACCUGUUUCACAUAGAGAUGCUGCAGAAUACUUGAAACACACUUGCAUGACUGACAUUUGAACAUACUGCACCCUCAGAUAUUUAUAUACACUCUCUAGAGUGAAAUCAAAACAAAUAUGUGAGUGUAUGUGCACAUGUGCAUGCACACUUGCUAUCAUAAAAACACACUUAUAUAUAUAUUUAUGGUUUUUAUGUAUACAAAAACGUACAGAAUAUAUGUCCCUGCUAUUUACGCAUGACACUUUGCCUAUUACAGCCUUUAUAGUGGGUUUUAUGGCUGCUGACUAAGUUAUUUUUCUCCACUUCAUUUUCAAAGAUAUUAGUUACUUUCCUUUUUCUGCACAGAGGUGUGACUUAUUAUGAGGUGUGAAAAAAGUAUCAGAAUAUGUCUUAUUUUUGUUGUUGUUUUGGUGACAAUUCAAGUUUUACAACUUAUCGAGCAGCUGGAUCGACAUUAAUCUCCUUUUGUAAACUUUUCUGAAGCUCGUACGGGGAAAUGCAUCUUUUCUGUCAUAGCUCUGCAGGCGAAGAGAUGAUGUAUGUGUGUGAGGUAUUUCUGUGGGGUCUCCACAUCUUUAUGUCAGGGGCAGUUUCGCUGUUGAUAAUGUGAGGUGCUUGUUACUUUACUCUUUUUUUCCCACUCUUGCCUGUUCAGAGCUCCCUGUUCACCCUUUAACUCUUUCUGUUGCCUUCUUGCUUUAUAAUACUUUUGAAUUCCCCGACAUAACUAUGAACAUCAACUAUGAAUCAGAGCGUCAGGCACUUGGACAGACCAGGACUGCUCCUCUUCAUCAUUUCUGUCUUGUGUCACUGAAUCAUUUUUGGGUUGAUGCACAUAUGUCACACAAAUUGACCACCUCUGAAAAACGCUGCUGUCUGUGCUUCCACAGAACCUAUGCAAAACAUACAAAUGAUUUCCCAACGUUAUGUUUGGCUCAUUAAAGGGAUGCCUCCCACAAUACUUUUCCUCCUAUCUUCUUUGCAAAAAUCAAGUAACUGCGUUUUCUAAUUGAGGCGGGAUUAAAGUUAAAAGUGCAAUAUAAUGUUUUUUUCUGCUGGCAGCUGAAUGACAGCAGCUGCACAAGAAGAAGAGAACUUUGUAAGUUGAGAGAAAGGAAAAUGUGGCCUGGGUGGCGCCCUCAGACUGUUAGAUUUCUCCUUAUGUAUCCUUUUUUUAAAAUAGGUAUUGAGCCCCUUACUUUGAGAGGUUUUAGAAAAUUAAAGGUGUGUUUCUACAGGGUUUCUGCUGGGUCUUAAAAAGUCUAAAAAAGUGUAAAAUCCAAUCAUUUGAAUUAAAGGGCUUAAAAUGUCUAAAAUUGUCUUAAAACCUCAUAAAAUGUCUUAAAUACAAAUGUUAAAGGUCUUAAAAAUGUAUUAAUAGUACUUACAAAUAAAGAUUGAUUUGGAGUUAGUUAAAAAUGUUCCGUUUUCCCCUCAUGUCUUUUGUACUUUUAUGCCAGUAUGGAUGUAAAAUCGAUCUUUAAUUGUUUAAUUCAUUAUGGUCUUAAAAAAGUCUUAAAUUUGACUUGUUGAAACCUGCAGAAACCCUGUUCUAAGUCAGCUUAAACACAUUCAUCACCUCAACGUGACCGCUAUACUCCUCUGAAAGAACACUCAUAGUGUGAGGCUUAAACGCUGUCAGGUUACAAAAGUUUAGUACUGCGGUGAAAAAAGCAAAUACUGACUGAUUAGCAACUGAGAAGAUGCUAGAAAUUGAAAUUCUGGCGCCACACGAGGAAAAAUGUCAACAUACAACAACAUAUUUGAUGACCUGUUUAGCACUGGGUGACAAGCAAUGUUAGCAUUUAGCUCAUUCCUUGCUAAUGAUGCAGUUUGAUGAUAAAUUAGGAUUCUCUUAUGUCAUGUAAUAUUAUCAAAUGUAGAUGUUAGCGAGCCAAGGACACGACUGUUAGCUAGAAAAGUGAAUGUUAGCCAAAAACUUCAACGUUUGCAAGGAUCAUGAAUGUAAGUGUCAGCCUGAACCAUGAAUGUAAGCUAGCACUAUUAAUGCUAGCCCUGAAUGCUAAGUGUGGCUUUUUGGUUAUCAUUUACAGAGUUUCAACUUGAACAAUGUCCCAGAAAAUGUCGAUAAUUCAGUUGCUAAUCAAAAAAAGGACUGACUGAUAUAUGGUGUUUGACGUUUGAACAUUGUUAGCAGCAUUUUGCUUUCACUCCUUGAGCAUAAAAUCAGAGGGAAACAGCCGCGGAGUGAAUGAACAGAAUCUUUUCAUACAUCCACAGGAUAUCUCUCAGCUUUUUUUUUGCUCUGCCAUUUAUUUUGCUUUAUUUUCUCUUCCUCUUUUUUUUAUUCUUUUCUUUCCUCUCUCAGUGGUCACGGGGGUGAGUGAGAUCAUGAAAACAGCCACAGUCUAUGCAUAAAACUAUCAAUCCCUCCACCUGUCUCCACCUCAUGUUGCUGUCUUGAAAGUCUGUGAUAUGAACUUGACUUUUCACGACCUGUUUUGAACUGAACUCUUCUGUCAGUGUGAUGUGUUGUAUAUCUAACCCUGAUAAAAGCGAACAAACCCACCAGCCUCAAAAUCCCAUGUGUACUGUACCUCAACUGAUGUCACUCUAGUCUUUUAAAAACCACCUCCUGAGUGAAUCUUAGUACUACACAGCUGCAACACAAACACAACAAAGCAUAUCCUACUUAUUAUUUAAUAGUAAAUAGUUUAUUAUGAACAUAUCUAAACGUGUUAUUAUGUAUAUGUGUGGUGCAUCUUCUUGGACUUGUACUUCCACUGUUUAGAAAUUUUAGUCUACAGUGUAUGAACUUGCUGAAUAUUUAAAUUAUGAAUAAAUGAGUAUGUGUAAAGGGAAAACAUAAAAAAAGCAUUUAAAAAAGUGUUAUGCAGUGAAAACUAUGGAUGUUGGCAGAUUGUUUGAUACUUUAGUUUGUAGCAGAGGGCUUUUUGUUUGUUUUUCUUGUCUCUCUCUCUCUCUCUUUCUCUUAGGGAGAGACAGUUUGAAUGUGUGAACUCCUGCAGCCAACAGGCCUUGCAUCUUGUUCACUUUACUCUGCAGGACUGCCAUGCUUUGUCAACACAUUAAAAACAUUUCAGUGUACUGAAUAAAGAAUUUUC